AUGUCAUCGAGCCAAAGUGAACCCGGAUUGCCACCCGCAAUAGAUCAACAUCAAAACAAGAAGGUCACCACGAUAAUUAUUUACCCGACGGGUAAGAUUUUAAUGAAAAAUCGUAAUAAUAUGAAUAGAAUAGUUUAGCGUAAUAACUAAUAAUCCACUUGUUGUUAUUUCAGUGACGCCGGAGACGAUAAUCAUACCUAUGGUAUCAUGUAUUUUGGGUUUUCCACUGUUGGCACUCAUGGUGAUAUGCUGUUUAAGACGAAGGGCCAAAUUGGCAAGAGACCGGGAUCGUCGAAGAAAUUUGGGGUGAGUACGUUAAAAACAUAAUUUUACCAUAAGUGCAAGUUAUAAUUCAUUAAUUUUAUUGUUUUUAUGGUGAAUAAAUUGAGGAAAUUGCAAAAACUUCAAAUUCUAAUCUCAUCACUGACUUUUUCACAACGUUAAGAUAAUCAACUGCAGUUUUACAGGCUUUUUAAACAAUCGUUUUAUAAUGGUUUUUACUGGAACUGCAAAACUGAUUUGUUUGUUCUUUUUUAAAUAAUAAUAUAUGCUAGAAAAAUAGAUAAAUCUAUUAACAAAUUCGCUGAAAUGCAUUUGACUUUUAGUUAACUUCCACAAAAAGUAAAACACGUCAUACUAAAAAUAGCCUCUUAACCAGUCAAUUAAACACAAAUAAACACUGGUGUUUCAUAGAAUAUACUACAUAAAUGCCACAUAUUCUCAACAGUUUUUGGAAAAAUUAUGUGUAAACUGCGUACAUUCUCAAAAUAGUUUUAGGUUCUGAGUUGAGCGAAGAAGCUUAUGGUUUACAAAGAUGUGAAUUUUUUUUUAUCUCUUAACAACUUUUAUACUACAAGACUUACUCGGAUUUCUAAGUGUAGCGCCUUUUCUGAAAUGAAAUUGAUGUAAGGAGGUACUUUGAAGAAGUCAUUUUACGAUUUUCUCAAGAGUUCUCUCAUCAAAUUUAAAAAUGGGCAUGAAACAUGGGUAAAAUAUUAAAUCGGAAUAGAAAAUCGAUACAAUAUUAAAAAAAUAUUAUUAAAGAAAAUAUAUAAAGCCUAUUUAAUAUUAAAUAUAUAUUCAAAAUAGAGAAAAUGUAUAAUACAAAAGUUUGUCGUUUUAUAAACACCUAAAAUUAUUUGUAUAUUUCUGUUUUUUUACUGUCUUGUUUUGGUGGGGGUUUGGGGGUCAACUUUUGAAAUUAAAAUGGGGACCUAUAUUCAAAAUACUAUAAAUAGAUGGAAUUUCAGUUUAAAUACCCUUUAGUGUUGAAAUUGUUGAUCUCCGUCAACCUGUUGACGAAAUAUUACUCUUUUUAGUUUAGGUAAGGGAAGAAUUAUGAACCACUUUUCAAACGUCGUACUUUACUGCUACGUAAAUGCAUAAUUUUCCACUACUCUCUUCCUGCCUAAACGUACUUAACUAAAAACUGAACAAUUCAUCAUCGAGUUGACGGAAAUCACAAAUGUCAACAGUUUAUUUAGACUAACACUACAUCUACAUAUUUAUGGAAUUUUAAAUAUAGGUUCUCAUUUGAAUUUAUCCCCUCCCUUCCCUCCCAAAAAAUUUUAAAAAUUAUUUUAGAUAUUUAUAAAUCAAAAAUCAUUUGUAAUAUACAUUUUUCUCUAUUUUGAAUUUUCUUUUGAUAAAAUAGCUGUAACAUAAAUUUAAAACAGUGACGUGAAAGAUUUAAUCGGGGUAGAUGGCAGGUUUCUUAUUUACUGGUAUGGUCUAAGCAGGAGAGAAGAUAAUAAACCAACGCAUAAAAAAAUCUGGAUUUAGUUUUGAUAUUGCGUCGACAGUACAGUCCCUUGCGGCUGUUUAUAGCUUUAUAUCUUUUUAAUACUUUUUUGGUUCAACGAAUUCAAAUUUACCUAAACCUAUUAACCUGUUAAGUAGGUAUAUCAUAUUAUUAUAAUAUAACUGCAGUAAAACUCUUUAUAUAAUCACAUAUCCCGUAUACGGAGUGUGCAAACAUAAUAUUUUAUUUUUUUAUAUGAUAAUCACAAGGGAAAACCUCAAAUUUUCUAAUACGGUCUCGAAUCUCACACUGCGUGAAAAAAAAUUAAACAAAGGUAUACCAGGUGAUCCAUUUAAGUGGGAUUGACAUUUGUUUUAAUUAAUACUCCAUUUAUUUAUGGACUUUUUAAUGUGGGUUGCCAUUUGAAAAUCAAAAGUAGGUAGUGGCAUUAUCCCCUAAAAUAAAGGUGACAAAAAAUGACAUAAAUAUACAAUUGUAGAGCAGCUUGUUUCUUAAAUAUUCUAAAAAACAAAUUUCGGAAAAAGUUAUUACUUUCCGAAAUAAUGAGUGAACCCUCUUAAAUGAAUCACCCGGUUCAUUGAGUACAGUUCAAUGUAUAAUUUAUUUUCUUUUUCCCGGUGACAUGCGCUCGACAAGGAGUGAAGAGACUACCAUUGAAUCACAACUAGGUGAACCUAGUUUAGUGUAUUGAUUUAUUUAUUAAUAUGGACACCCCAAAUGAUAAAAAACAGAUAAUAUAAGUAAUAAUUAUAAAAAUUAUAAUUAUUUUUUAAAUACAAAAUUAAUUUACUUAUAAAAGUUUAAUUUUGGAAAGUAAUCUACUAUGGAAAUCGCAUUUCAUUUUUUGUUUCUAAAUGGUCCAGUUUACUACGAGUGGGAUUCACGCUGAAGUGGAAUACGGCUGUUUUCUGUUUGAAUCAGCAGCUACCAGUUGGUUUUCACGGAUGACUCCGUUAAAUCAAUGGAGGUGGGUUUCUCCUUUGUUUUUCAUGAUUUACUUUCUUAAAUGGCUGCCAACUUAUUAGUUUCAGUCUAACUUAAGGUUAAUCAGUUGCUCUAUGAUUGUUAUGUUUACUAGACUACGCAUGGGCCACAAUGUGCUACAAAAACAUAUCCAACAUUUAGGUAUGAAUAGCAGUCCCGCUUGUACCCUCACCAGCUGCGGUGGUGAUUGUUGUGAUUUUCUCCAUUUAUUAAUAUAUUGUCUUCUUUCUACUUCAAUAGGCUAAAUUUAAAAAAAUAUUUUUCUCUCCUCCAACAAGCGGGGAAUACGACAGAUUUUAAAGAAUGAUAAAAUAAAUAGUGAGUAGGUUUUAUGAGAAACCAUUUACAUUCAUUCAAUAAAGUCGGAAUAGAAGCAGGACCAGAUGUAAAGACAGAUUUUAACGUAGUUGAUGCAUCAAAUACCUCGACUACAGAAAUAUCACAAUUGUUAAUAUUAAUAAUAUCUAUAAUAUUUUUGACAAGAGAAUCAUCGAAAUUAGCAGAUAAGUACUGAAUAAACAGAUAGAAAUUAAAAACAGAACAAAUUAGCAAUAUCCAAUGGGCUAUACGAUUUUUUUUAUCUAAGUAGUGAAUAGAAUCAGGUAUAUCCCCAUUUUGUAAACUUCCUUAAGUAGGUAACUACAUAAAUAACCUAGGUUCCUAGUUAAAGAUGAUUGAAUAUUAGUUGAGUAGUUAGAAACAUAUUUUUGACUAAGAUUUUCACAGGUUUAACGGAGGGGUUUUUUGUGGAUUUUAACGAUUUUUAGGUAGCUUGUUUUUCUUUAAAGAUGUUUGGUUGUAACUAACUACUGAAUAACAUCAUUUAAAAUACGAUAAAAAACAGAUGUGGUCUUAUUAACACACCUUUAAUUGUAUAAUUUAGAUCAAUCAUAAACAGUUAAAACUAGAAAAAUUAAAUCAAAAUUAGCUGAUUUUAAAUUAUAAUUUAGAUUAUUAAAUCUGUACGAGUUAGUGACAUCAGUGAAACUACAGGGUCUCAAAACCUCAGAUAUACGGGCUAUGGGGUCUUAACAUUAUUUGGCAAUCUCUCUCUAAACAAAAACAUCUUCACCCGAAUCUAUAGUAUUCUAUACCAUCGUAUGAGCGAAGCGAGAUAUGUAUUGAUUUUAUAAUGAAGUUUUUUUCUUUCUGUGAACACUUUUUCUACUAGAAAGCUUACACAAGUUAUCAAAUAUAGCACUUUUUCUAAAAUAAAAUUUUCUCUGGGUGGUAAUUUAAAGAAGUAAUUUUUUAAAGUUCUCAUUAAUAUUCGAGAUGAUGAGGAAAACCUAGUUCUUCAGGUUAAAAAAGAUUAAAAAUUAAAAAUAAGGUUUUCAUUAACAACCGUUUUUAUUUAUCUUUUAUUGUUAUUAAGUUUGUACUAUUUUAAUAGUUUCAAACAAUCAUUGUUAUCAUGGAAACGCACAUUGUUGUAACCAUUACAUACCAUACUAUAAUAUGACAUAUAUAUUGUUAACAAACCAACACUGUCAACUGAACUCCGCUCAGAAUUGUUUUUUCAUUAGCAUUAGUUUAUCUUUGUUUACAGAUAUACAUUAAAUUCCCGUCUUUAUCCUACAUUCUCAACUUUCUACUUACAACAGUGGCCACAUCUACGUGCGAAGUAUAUCCAUCUUUUUUGUAUUACUUUUGGAAAACUACAAUACUCUUAAUUAAUAUUAAUUUAUUAUUUUGAAAGAAAGUACUCAAAAAUUACAAAAUUUUCUUAUAUCUAGCUAUACAAAAAUUGUACGUAUUUCGAGAUGCGUAUUUAAAUCUGGAAAAUAGAUAUAGAUACUGAAUUAAUUUUAUUCAAAUUAUUACAGAACACAAUAAAUAUAUUAGUAAACAAUUGAAUUAAAAAUAUAAUCAAAAUUAUCACACAAAGGUAUAUUAUCAUUUUUUAAUUGGAGCAAGAUUUCUGUUCGAAAAUUUGAUUACAGACAGAAAAAAAAACAUACAUUAUAGUAAAACCAAUUCUAGCAAAAACUUAGAUUCCUAGCUUUUUCCGAAUCUAAAUAACUUAAGGGCAACAAGAAAUCAUUCUUAUACUCACAGGAUUUUUUUUUUCUUCGGUAUAAUUUACCAUCGUCUGCAUCACGGUACAUGCGUUUCGAUUUCGAAUACAUAAACACAAACUAAAAGAAAUAUUCCACUCUUUAAAAUUAUAAAGAUACACAUAAUAACAGUAUUAUAUUAAUGAGAACUCGUCUUGCUAUACAAUAUAAAUAAUAUUAUCUAAACUAAAAUAUUCAUUUUAAAAUGUUAAAAUAUUAUAAAAAAUAUACAAGUUAAACUUCGAAGUGAGUAUUAUAAAACGCAUUAAUAAAUUUCCAGACACAAAAUAAUAUUAUCAGUCAGCCAAAAUGGCUCUCUCACUAAUGAGAAAAUAAUAUGAUUUUUAAAUUUAGGACGCGACAGGGUCGUAAUUUAAUAUUAAAUUUCUCAUCGUAUACCGUAAAAUACUUGAUAGAGCUACCUAUAAUAUUACCUAUAUUAAGUGUAUUAUAGAUACUUCAGUAAGAUUGGUAUAUUUUAUAGGUGCACAAUACGCAUUACCUAAUUUGAAUUUAUAUUCAAAUCGUACCUAUUUAUUUAUACUCGAUAUCAGAAAAAAAAUAUAGAUGAUUAACCUUGGGAAUAUAUAAACGAAUCAAGUAUAAUUUCAGUAGUGUAUUUUAUAGUAUAGUUAUUUAACACUAUACUAUAACUACUACAAAAUUAUUGUAGUUAUUAUUUUGUUUUUAAAAAUAUACAGUGAUUUUUUUUUACCAUAAUCCAGUGAUUUAUAAAUACGUGUUUUACAGAGAAAACUCUCAUGCCUCAUGUAAACUGAUCCGACAACGAUCAUUUAAUCUUUGCUGAAAGUGAAAAUUUCCUCUUUGGCAUUCAAUAUCGGAUUAUGUAACUAAAAAAUUAGUUAAAAAUGAGUUGAAAAUUAGCCAGAUUAAAACUUUCAACUAAUCUGUUAUUAUAGCAUUUAAAAAUAUGAUUUUCAAAAUCCAAAUGCAUCCUGUAAGAAAUUAUCCUUUUCCUUACAAAAACAAUAAAUUAUUGAUAUCACCGCUCUAAGAGACAUAAAAGUUUUUUCUGUACAGUAUGUUUGUAUACAAGUAUUUUUAACCUGUUCUAUAUAAAAAAAUAUGUGUUGAUAAAUCUAAUUGACUGUAAAAAGGAAAUUGCAUAGGAAACUAUUAGUUUUAAAAUGCUGUUUAUUUUUAGAUUCCGAGCGUAGCGAGGGAGCUUUUGUUUUUACUAAGAUGUUUAUUUUUUUUUCUUUCUUUGUUCAAGUUUAUGGACACGUUUUUUCCUAGUAAACUUGAUCCAAAUUUCACGGGUAGCAACUUUUCUGAAAGCUCAAGCUGUCUAGAUUGGCAAAUUCAUAUGUUUAACAGUGUUCAUUAGGGUGUUCCUUAAUUUUCAAUUUUAAAAUAUGUUUUGGUAUCACCACCUAUAUACGUGUGUAUAUAUAUAAAAAUGAACUACAAAAAAAUUUCAGGUCAAUCAGAUAAAGUUAACCCUUGUCGAUUUGAACUUAAAGUUUAAAUGAGAUACAUUUUUCAUUAUUUACGAACAUUUUCAACAUCUGUAAAUAUUUCGUUAACUAUUAAAAAUAUCGACAGUUUUCAUCUUAAAAAUAUUAAAGUAAAUUAAAUUUCCUACAACUGUUAUAGAAAUUAUUUUUUUCAUAUCUCAAACCGUUCAAAAAUGUUUGACAAAAUAUAUAGGUAUGAAAAUUUAACACUUUAAUUAAUCACUCAAUCUUUUAAAUUACAUUAUCACUAUAUCUUUGGAGUUCCGCAAAAUUAUCUAAAACUAACGAAAAUACAAGUAUUCCAACCACGAGCUCUCAAACUAUAUUUGCUGCACCUCCAUACGUUUCUAAAGUCACACUUCACAAAGAUACUUGUCUCCUUACAGUUAAUGUAGCAGCCAAACUCCAUUACAAAAAGUUCAAUAAGCAUUUCUAUGAACAUCCUAAUUCUUUUAUUGCUAACCUAUCUUCUGACAAUCUUCUCAAAAACCCACCCCGUCGCCUGAAAGAAACUAGUACAGAGCUCUUUUAAAUUGAUUAAAUUUUAUUCAAAUUUGUAUUUUUUUUCUCCACAUUUAUUUGUUUUUAAUCGCCAAUAGAGUUCAAUAGACGUCAUCUCCACACUUGUUAUCCCCCUACCCGAUUUUUGGUGAUCUUCUUGUAAUCAUAUUGAUUUUACUAAAAAAAAAUGAAUUUAAAAAUAAAUAUUUGUAGUCCUUAUCCCUCUGACUAAUAUAAAACAAAUCAGAAUUUGAUUAUCAUUAUUAUCUCUGGAGUAAUUCAAGGGGUAUAUCUUCGUGGAAUAGUCUAUAUAAUAUAUAGACCCAAAAAUAUUUGAUGUAAAUGACUAGUCAUGUAGUUUAUACGAUAGAUGAAAGAAGAAUUGAAAAAUAUAUGUAAUAAAAAGAUACGGACACACUUCACAUGCUGGGUGGGCCACUGUUGUAGGUGAGAAGUUGAGAAGGUAGAGUAGAAAUUUAAUAAUACGCCUCCCGCCAUUCAAUGGUGGUCAAAAUUCUAUCUACAAAGGCCGCUUUAAACUGUAACAACCAUAAUUAUGUGUAAUAAUUGUGUACUAUAAAUGUAUUUAUAUUGCAUUUGGGCAACUGUCCGUCUAAAUAAAAUAAAAUACAAAUAAAAAAAUAAAAAUAUAUUGUUGCUGUGUCAACAACAUUUAGGUCAUAAAAUUAUGGUAAAUAUGGCAUUAUAUAUUUUCUUUAAUAAUAUUUGUUUAUUUUUGUACCUAUUUUCCAGUUUUCCCUGCAUUUUUUCCCGGUUUUUCCUAUUUUUUUCAUGGUUUUCCCAUUAUUUAUGAAAACAGUAGAGAAAAUCGAAAAAUGAUCUUCUUUAAGUAUCAACCCAGUCAGAUUUUUUUUCAGAAAUAGUACUAUAAUUGAAAAUCGGAGGAAAAUUGCUGGUAUAAAAGUUGUUCACAUAUAAAAAAAAAAUAAACAUCAUUGUAAAAUCAAUACAUUAUUCGCUCUGCUCAGAAUUUAAAAUGUUGAAAAAUUGAAUACACUUUCAUCGUGAGUAAGUUCUUUUGUUUUGGUUAUUAAGAAAAAUAAUAAGAUAAGAAUAUGUUUAAACUCAAGGAAUUUAAACAAAGCUAUUAAAAGUUCUCACUAUCCUAUUCCUACAUUUAAGGUUAUUAAAACUCAAUUAGCUGGUUCAAAAGGUUUUUCAACGCUGGACGCUAACUCUGGUUUCCGGACGAUACUAUUAAACGAAGAAAGUUCUAAUAUUUACUCUUUUAAUGUACUUUUUGGUAGGUAUGCACAUGUGAGAUUACCGUUUGGUUUAAAUUGUGCUCCUAAAAAUUUUCCAUCGCAUAAUUACGAAAAGAGAACAUGAUGAGUGACUAAAAAAAGUGUUUGAUAGAACCAUAAAAGUUUCUUCAAAAUUUAAUAAGAAAAAAUGCAAUAUUAAUAGCACAGAAGUUAAAUUUAUCGGUCAUACUUUUAAUAGUGAGGGGGUAACUCCCCAUCAAGACAAAAUUAAAGAAAUAGUGGAUAUGCCGAGUCUAAAGUCAAUCGUAGUCCACCUAUCCAUCAAAUACAAACUAACUUAAUAAUUCAUCAAAUAAUAAACAUAUUUUUUAUUAAAUAUAUACACAUAUAUUCAUAUUUUCUUCAUCUAAUUUCAUCUAUGCCAAGCGGCAACACAACAUGUAGUAACACAACAAUAUGUACAUAUCGUGAACUUUAUACUUUUAUACGAUUUACUCGUUUUGUAUUAGUUUUGUUCGUCAAAAAAAAAUCUUAUAACAAACAUGAAAAAUUAUGGAACUAUUUUAAUAGGUUAUAAACUUUUUUCGUACUUUCUAUUACUAUUAAAGUGUAUUCUGAAGUUAUUUAAUACUGUAUAACAACUAUAUUAUAAAAUCGCUCUAUAAUAAUACGUAAUUUAAUGACUUACAAAGAGUUAUAUUUUUGUCCUUAUAAUCUCAAUCUAAUAUCAAUAAUAUAGUGGGUAAAACUUUCGAAACUCGGUUUUACAGUUAAAUUUAAAAUGUUUAAGAUUCCUAACUUGCUGUUAAAAUAUUUAACCAACCAUGCAGACGCUCGGAAUAAUUACAGCACAAUAUUAUAUUAUAUUUUGUACAAUUAUUUAUUCAUGUAUGAGUUAGGUAUGAUUUAGGCUUAACGUGCUCGCUCCCGCAACGUUUACUUGAAUUGUAAACACACAUGUUUUAGUCGUACUUAACACAUGUUAAAUAAGCACCAUGUACUUAACGACACUUAAUUUGAUGAAGGUAGCACAUUAUAUUACUGUACUUACUUAAAUGAGAAUACGUUUACGAAAUGUGACCAAAACACAUUGCCUUUACUUUCGGUCGAGUAUCAUGUUUUUUUUUUUUUUUUUAAAUUUAUGUCGUACAUACCUACGAAUUAUUUAACCGCAUCUAAUACAUAUAAUUAUAACAAUAUGCUCCGAUCUCAAAAACUAUUAUUUGUGUGCACUUGAAGGUUUUCACUCCGUCAUACAACAGUAUAACAAUACAGUAUAAUAUCACAAAACACGGGUGUCGUCUCAAAGGGGGGCAAAAUCAGGAGGUUUACAAAUAAACGUAAAGUUCGUUUGACACCACCGAAAUUCAACAAUAAUGUGCACAUAAAUUAUCUAUUAGAGUAAAUGUCCAAACCCAACCUCCAUUAUAUUUACCCAAAAUAAUAUUUGUCCAAUAUUUUCAAUCGUCUCGUAUCUUUUAAUAUUUAAAAUAUAUCAUUUUAUAACGAGCAACUUUCUCUAUUUCGUAUAUUUUUCGAUAAACAAGUUCAGAAAACAAAAUAUUAUAUUGUUGGAAAACUAUAAUAAUUAUUGCUUCCUGCAGUUUUGUUCAGAAUAAAGUGUGUAACCCAAUUAAUUUAUACAAUUUAAAUGAAAAUGCUGAUGCGUGGUAAUAAUAAUAUUAUAAUCAAUACGCUGGAAUUGUAAAACACUUUAAACAUUGUAUUCCAUUUUUUUUUUAUGAAAUAACCCAAUUAAUAAAUUAUGACACCUAACCUACCAACUAUUUCGAACACAUUGUCUGAAACAUUAUUUUUAAAAAUUUAGAAGUACGAUUUAUAUACGAUUUAUAUUAUUUAUAUUUUUCUUGAAUCUCAAUAUAGUUUCUAAUACUUGGAACAAAAUGAAGGUACGUUGGAAUACUGGUAAAUUGGUUUUAUCUUUAUUAAUUUCUAGAUUUCUGGGUUACCUGAAAUACAAAGAAGAAAAUACGACUAAGACUUAAUUACAGAGAUUCACUCAGAAUCGCUUUUGAUUGCAAUGAUUUCUAAUUUUUUUUUUUUUUUUUAAUUCAAUCAAAAUUAUCAAAAUUUGAACAACAGUUCAGUGAUAAGAGACAAAUCAAUGUUUAAAACUGUAUACAAAGCCGGGCAACUUCGCAUGUGGGUGCAGAUACUGGUAUUGGUAAGAAGUUAGGAAGGUAAUAGAGGAGAAAUUUAAUAUAUAUUUUUAAGCAACGAUAAAUCAUUGCUAACGAAAACAUGAUUCUGAGCGGAGUUUAGUUGAUAGUGUUGUUUUGUCAACAAUAUAUGUGGUAUGGUAAACUAAUUAAAUAGGCAUUAUAUAUAUUCUUUAGUAAUAUUUAUUUAAUAUUGUACCUAUUUUCUCGUUUUCCUACGGUGUUCCCAUUUUUCUCGUGUUUUUUCCCGAUUUUUCCAUCGGAAAACUCUCGAGGAAAAUUAAAAAAUUACCUCCUUAAAGUACCUCUCCAGUCAGAUUUCCUUUUAGAAAAAGUGCUAUCAAUGUAAAUUGAAGCAAACUUGCUGGUAAAAUGUUAUCUAAAGAAAAAAGAAUAAAAGAAUCACUCUACUCAGAAUCUAAAAAUUAGGUGUAAUAAUUUAAAAUACUUAUAAUUUAUUAUAAAUGUGACAUGUGAACAUAUCUUAUUUUCUACAUUAAAAUUAAUAAAAUCAUAUCUUUCUAUUGGAAAUUCUAUUGGCCAGUUAAGAUUUAUUGAUUACCAUUAUCAUUUUACCAUCACGAAGUCGAAGAAACAGUUGAAGAGAUAAUACAAAAAACUGUUAUUGAAUAUUACUUAUAUUAACGUGAUAUUAAAGACUGAUUAAAUGAUCGAGAAAAAUAUAUUUUCAGGUAUCUAUUUAAUUGUAUUUAUUUUAGAUAAUAUCACAUUUAUCGAAAAAGCUUAACUGGCUGAACAACAAAAUUGAACCUUUUUUAUACUUUUUACAAAAAAAAGGUUACCUAUUAUUGUUCGAUUUCUAUAUAUUUUCGUUGUGUGAUUAAUAACAGCGGCAAACAAAUCAUUGAAAUUAUUGAAGUACUUGUAACAAUAUUAUUUAAAGCAUCGCAAAACAUUGAAAUAUUACAAGUACACCACGCAGGAAAAAUUCCCAGUGGGCCCCUGCAGUCCUUGCCAUAAUAAAAAUAUUGUUAUAUUUGUGUGUAUUCAUAAACUAUUGAGAACACAUCAAACAAAUUCAAAUUUCUAAAAAAAUCGUUCAAUAGUCUCUAACACAGGAGUCAGCAAUUAGUUUCUAAGGUGGGCCAGAUAAUUUGAAAAACAAUUCUCGAGGGCCAUAUAUUUUAGUAGUAUUUUAGAAUUGAGUAAAAAAAAAAUUCAACCUAUACCUAUUUAGUGUUUCGUCUUAUUUAACAUCUCCAGAAAAAAACAUAAAUUCAUAAAUUAAUAAAUGUGUUUAUUUUUGUAUUAAAAACACAAUUAUUUAAUUAAUUAUUUAAUUAUUUUAUAUAAAAUAAAAUAAAUAUAAAUAUACAAUUUUAUAAUAAUAUACACCAAAUAUAAUAUCAUAAAUAUAAAUUACGUUCGGGCGCUUGGAUAUUCUGGAUCUACGCAGAGACGAAUAAUGAAAACAAAAAACCAAAGUUAAAGUAAAAACAUUUUGGCGGCCCGUUUAUUUCCUCUCCAAGGGCCGGAUUUGGCCCACGGGCCGCCUAUUGUCUACCCUUGCUCUAACAUACUCUUAAUCGAUUAAUGAAAAUUAAAUAUUAGCCACCACUCGGGAUAUAAAUUCACAAUAAUUUCAUACACAUUUCAUCAUAUUCAUUUCUUACCGAUUAACACACAAAAAUAAAAGUUAAGCGUAAUCACUAGGAUUUCGAUCUAUAUAAGCAUAAAAUAUAUACAUGAAAAAUUGUAACGAAAAUCGGUUUCCUGCCCUCUGAUAACAAAUGCCGUUCUACAGCACUCUGGGACCCAGGCGUCGUACAAUACCAAUUCUUGAUAUACCAAUACGAAUUCUUGAUAGUUGGUAUAAUAUUCAGUAGCGCCAAAGCAGGGGGUAGGGCAGUUUCCCCCAUCAAAAUCAUAGGGAGACAUACAUAUUAUUUCGAGUCCUCAGUAAAAAAUAGAUAAACCUUUAAGAAUAACAAAAACGGAUGUUUAAAUUCAGUUUUCAUUAAUAUUAUUUAUUAAUCCCUCAUGAACAAAAAUAUUAUUACAGAAAUUUAAAAUAAAAACUAGUUUAUUAUUUUACAACAUAACUGAUAUUCUAGUUACCAGUUAUAAUUGGUUAUAAUUCUGCAACAUAAUCACUAUUCACUUUACAAAUUUCAAAUUUUUUCAAAUUUUUUUUAUUACAAACAAAUGUUUCACCCUGUAUCAUAAACUUUUAAAAAAAUGAAUAAGUAGAAAAACACUUGGAAGAGUUUGGGGAAGGCUAUUAAAAUUUUUGGAAGGCUUAGUUCCCCCCCCCUUUAUUUGUUGCUAUGCAUACACCGAAAUUUUACAUAAAAAAAUGAAAUGAAUUCUGUAUGCUCGCGUAUAUAGAGCAAAAGGAUUGAUAAUUUUAGUAUUUAAUGUGCAGUAAAUUAAACACUAACUUUGAAAUUUCAUAGGAAUGUCGGUCGAUAGACAAAAAAAAAAACACAUUAUCGAAAUCACAAUGACAGUUCAAAAAGAAAUUCGAUUCCGCUUUAGCUAUAUUAACUUACCGGACAUCGUUGAGGAAUGUCAGGAAAUGAAAAAAACAAAACCCCUCGACGCACGAAGAAGGCUCUAAAAAGCAAUUUCUGACCCGAAUAUGCGGAAUUUAAAUGCACAGAAUACGCACUCCCGUAUAUAGUUACUUUACCGCAACAAAAAUCGAUAAAUGUUAAAAUUUCUGGAUAAAAGUGUAUUAUACGCUUUCGUCAGCUGCUAGACGGAAAACAUGAAGUAAUAUAAACCACCCAAAAUACAGCUCGUAACAACGGAUUGACUUAAAUAUUAUUACCAACCGAGAAAUAAAUCUUUAAACAAUUCGGCUGUAUGAUUUAUUUUAAAUUAACAUGGUAUACGAGUAUACAGAAUGAUCAAUCUUCCCCGAGACACUCAUUUACUCGGAAAGUAAUAGUAACAUUUUUCAGCAUUUUAUUUUUCCUUUAGAAAAAUUUCAGAUACGCACAAAGUGUUAUAUUUACUAUUCCCUUACUGCGCUUGUCUGCAAAAGACCAAAUUAAAAAGUGAUCUAACGCUGACGAUGGAUCGACGGAAAUCGGAAAUUCGUUAUUUUUAAUAUUUGAUGGAUGAAAGCUAAAAUAUUGUCACAGGAGAAGAAAUUAUUUUUUAUAUAAAGGACAAAAAUAUAGACCCUUCUUUUCCCCCACAAUGUGUAACAUGUAUUUAGAGUAAGGACUCAUCUCCCCUAUUUGUGUUAUUAUUUUUUUUUACUCUUCCACAAGUGCUUGAAAUUUAAAAUGUAUUGAACACAUAACAUAUUAUUUUUCUUUAAAUACUUAUAAUAAAUUAUGUUAACAUGAUUUGUGGACAGCAAUGAUGAACCUUUUUUCUUUGUGAACCGGAAAUGGAAUUGUAUUGUCGUUUUCGAACCCUCACUUAAAAAUAUUCUUCAGUAGAAACAUAGCUUAAAAGUAAAAACACAAUUUUAUUUUAUUUCUGUAGAUAUAUACAUAUUUUUAAAUAUGCUAUAGAAUAUAAUAUUACGUAUAAAAUUUAAAAAGAUUAGGCUCUUUGCAAUGGGAUAGCCCGUUUGUGAACUACUUAUUACUGUUUUUCAAGCUUAUUGCAUACAGACUAACAGCAGUUAAACCGUUAAUUAACAUAAGUUACAUUAUAUUUCGUGUGUCGAAUGGUCAACGAUCUACUUUUGGAAUAUUGACCGAAACAUAACUUCCAACAUCAAUUGUAACUAAUUUCCUAUUGCUAACUUGUUUCAUUUUUUCCGCAGCUUUUUUUUUAUCCUUCAAAAACUUUUUCUCUUUCUUUCUGAAUUUGUUUUUCUUUUAACAUUACAUUGUUUAAAUUUUCGGUAGUAUUUUUUUCAUCGCUAUCUUUUUCUUCGUUAAUAUCUACUUUAUCAUUUACUUCAGAUAGUCAUAAUAGAUUAAAUAGUCAUCAUUUUGGUUCACUUCCAAAUAAUACUUUAUAGGGGCUUCUGUUAGUUAUACGAUGUUUUGAGCUAUUUUUUUGCCAUUGUAGAAAAUAACAUCCCAAUCUCCAAUCAAUGCUUCGCUUGUCUAUCAUCCAUGCCCUCAGCAGGUUCUCUGUGUUUUGAUUACAGUGCCCUACACUUCCUUGAGAUUGCGGGUAACGAGGCCUUCCAUGAAUAAUUUUACACUCUGGCCACAAAUUUGACCUUUCCUCUACUACAGUCACUGUAAACUCUCGACCGUUACCGCUCUAUAAUAUAGAAGGAGCUCCAAAUCGCAAAAAAUAUCUUAAGAAGCUCCAAUGCUCUUUUUGAUUAUAAUUGAUUAUAAUUUUUUUUUUGUUCCUAGUACUUGAGCAACUGCUAUUUCAGGAAUAGCAUCCGAUAUUGUAGCUAUUUUCUAAGGUUGUUUAACUGCAUUCAUUUUAUUUCUAUAAUAAGCAGUAACUCCAAUGUUAAUUUUGUUUUUUACUGUUACAUUUUUCAUGAUUAAUAAAUGAUGAUAUUAAAUAAAUAAAUUAGUAAAUCACGGACUCGGAAAUAUUAACACAAUCAAUAAAAUACAAAUGAAUUCAACUGUUUUAACGAUAACGUACUAAUGUCUAGUAAGUACAGUGUGCUAAUGUGCUAAAAUGUCUACAAUGAAACCUUACAAUCUACUAAUUAGCCAUAAUCUCUAAUAUCAAUCCAUAUUUAAAUCCUUAAAAUGGCCAGUUGUAAUGUAAGUAAAUAAAAAUUUAUAUUUACUUAUAUUAUAAACCAGAUUACUUCAUACCAAUAAAAUUGCUAUAUAAUAAUUGUAGUUCUUAAAAGGCCUAACUGCUGUUAGUCUACAUGCAAUAAAUCUGAAAAACAGUAAACAAUCGGCCGUUUGGAAAAAUAAUAAGUAGCUCACAAACGGACUACUCCAUUGCAAAGAGCCUAGUCUUUUCGCGAAAAGACUAAUUUCCACAUAGCCUACGACAUAUAUACUCUAAAAAGUAUUGCGUACCUUAAUAAUGGUUUUUCAAUUUUCACCACAGUCUCACUGAGUGUAGAAUGAGCCGUGCAUUUAUUAGAAAUUAAAGACACCGUCCUUAAAUAAAAAUAGGAUAUCCAUGGAAUCCAAAUUACACUGCAGUUGUACAUAUAUACAAAUACAAAUACAAAUACUCUUCUUACAUCAUUUUAUACUGUCAUACGCAAAAAUAUGUUAAUAACCCAUUUUUUUGAAAAACGACAAUAAAUAAAUAAUAAAUAUAUAUGUAAAGGGAUAUCUAAAUAUAUUACCUAUUGGCUACUAUCUGAAGAGUUAGUUUGAGGGGCAUUUUACUCCAGUUUAUACCUCAUUUUUGUCAACAUGUAGAGUAUAAGUGUAUACAAUUAUAAAUCAUAAUGACAUGAAUAAUAAUAAUAAAUAAUAAUGACAUGUUUGCGGGCUUGUGGCCCGAAACUAGCUAGAUACCAGCCCAUACUCGGUCCGAUAAAGCCUGCAGAUUAUAAGGGGGGGGACAUAUGUCUCUCCUGCCUCCUUUUUGAGGUGUUUAUUACUUCCAAAAUUGCUUCAUUGAGUAGCUUGGGCUUCAGUCCCCCAAAAUCUCAAACCCUACUUGCACCUAUGAAUGUGAGUAUAAAAAUGUUUCAAAUACAUCGUUUCCCAUAUUAUUAAUAUUAAUAUUUUUCAUAUUAUUCGAGAAUAUUACAGUUGCGUUCACAAAUUUAAAUGGUUUUAUCUGUAGGCAUAUAUUGCAUAGCCGUUAAUGUUAAACGAUGACGAGUAAUAUUUGAACAAUAGAUAGCAGCGAAUACGUAUUUACGUUAUUCUCUGAUUCAAGGAUUAAUUUUUACGAAUCCCCCAUGUAUUAGUAUUGAUAAUAGUGAUAUAUGACAGCAAACUGCACAUUAUACUUACAUAUUUUUUUGCAGUCGAUUGCAACUAUGCGCUUUGUAUUAUACUGCUGAAUAUUGGAAUAAUAUACACUUGCAGUGUCUGCACAAAAAUUGGUUUAUAAAUAUUAUUAGCCGUGUAUCUGAUCAAUAAGAUUUGUAGAUUCUCAGUGUAGCAAAGCAAUCAUAUUCGUUUUACUAAUAAUACUAAGAUAGGUGUGGUUUUAUUUUUUACCCUUUAUAAGUUAGUAAAAAUUCUCGGAAUUUUUCAUGUGUCUAAAAAAAUUAAAUACCUGAAAACAAAUUAUUUAUAGUUACUUUUAGCCUCAAUUAUAACCAUAUUAUCAAAUACCAAUAUUCUAUAACUUCCCAACUCUUCACCUAUAACAUGGCCUAAUGGCUAUUUUUACAUGUGUGCACUAGAAAAUAUCAAAUAUGCACAUGCUAUUUGUUAAUUAUAAACAAUUGCAUUCACUACCCUCCAUUACAAUCAUUAGUAAUCAAAUCAAAUGCAUACGUGUGUACUGUAGAAAGUAAAAAAAUUAGCCACAACAGUAUAAGGUACACAUCAUGGUCCGAAGUAUGUCCGAGCUUUUACUUAAUUGUUUGCGUUUGUACAAAAUAUUUUUCAAGUAAUUAAAUAUUUUUAAUUAAAAACACAUUAUAUGUAUUAUACAACACAACAGACCUGAAGUUAGAAUAUUCGGAUUCACUGGAAAUGGAGAACAACGGAUUGUUAUGAUGGCUUUUAAUUUUAAUUUUAAAUACUGGCAUGCUCCUCUACCCUCAUCCCACUGAGGUCCGCCUAAAAUAACAAGUGGCUUACCACAAGGUGUGAAGCAUAUGUCCGCUAUAGUUGUUAAUCCGUGAAUUGUUUUUAAGCUUAAAACUUAAAAUAAAACCUUAAUGAAAUUAAUAAUUUUGUUUUAUAAUUAAACUUUUAAAAAUUAUACCAUACCAAAAGAUAUUUGCUCUUCUUCUCACUGCACGAAUUAUUUUAAAAUAUUUUUAAGGAAACUUAUAUACAAAGGAUUCUCGCCAAUAGUUUUGCUAUUACAACAUUAUUAAUUCCAAAGAAAACCUUUGUUCAUCGGAUAAAUUAGAAUCAUCGAGAAUCCAUUGUACUUAUGUAUAUCAGGUACAUGGAUUCAAUGGGAAUUUAUUUUUUUUCAAAUCAAUAGAAUCUGAUUACUGUUUUAAAAGUACCUACUAUAAAUAUAAUUAGUAAUUUUAUUAAAACUGCAGUGUACUUAAUUAUUAUUCAUGACGUUUUCAGUAUGUAAAUUGUCCUCAGAACUCUCUUUUUCCGCAAUGUACCUACAUUUAUAUAAACAAUGUAUAGGUUAAAUAAAUAUAAUAGUAUUAUUAUAUAGACAAAUCUGAUGUAAUAGUAAAUUAAUAAUUUUAAAAUUCGUUUUAACGUGUAAAUAUUAUGUUUUACACGUUUUAGAGUAAUUUAUAACUUUCCUAAUUUCUUAGAUAGGUAUAAUAAUAUAUAGGAAGAUUAUUUUUAACAAUAUCCAAUGGAAAGUCAUGAAUAUUUAAAAUGUAUAUAAAAAUGAAAAUAUUGAUGCUAUAUAGUAUGUAUCAUGCAUUUACAUUCUAAUCAUGAAGACUUAUACUUCAGAAUUUAUUUUAACACAAUAAUUUUCGCGUUCAAAUGUAAAAAUAAUAAUUAUGCAUUAAAAUACUCAUGUAUACUGACUAGAGAAACAAAGAAUGUGUUGGUUUUCAAUGAUAUAUUUUUUUUCUGUGAACAACUUUUCUACUAGAAAUUUUGUUCCGAUUUUCAAUUAUAGCACUUUUUCUAAAAUAAAUUAGACUGGAGUGGUACUUUAAGAAGGUUCUUUUUUGAUUUUCCCUAGGAUUUUUAAAAUAAUUGGAAAAAACCAGGAAAAAUGGGAAAAAUUACGAAAUUUCAAUUUUGUUUUUUAUUAUGAUUCAGCUAAAAAUAUUCGUAGAGAUUUGAAGUUUGGAAACAAAACUUAUAUUUGCCUUUCUAGAUAUAGUAAAAUCUUUAUAAAAUUUGUGCCACUUUUAGGAUAUUUAUAGACAUUUUGACAAUAAGAAAUUUCACAUAAUUUUUAUUCGGUAAGAAUUAUGCGACUAAAAUUAUUAAAAAUGCUUGGAAAUUUAACAGAAGGUUCAUUAUAAAUCGUACUUUAUGGUAAAAAAAAAAAAAGAUUGUGCGUAAUGUAGAAUUUUUUUUAUAAAAAUUUUAUAUCAAAUUGUAUUAUUAUAAAACCAUAUUUUCACGAAAAUCGUAAAUAUUACGAUCUUCGUGAAAAUAUGUAUAACUGAACUACGCUCAGAAUCGUUUUCGUUAACAAUAAUUAAUCAUUGCGUAUACUGAUAUACAUUAAAUUUCACUGUAUACCUUCCCAAUUUCUCACCUACAACAGUGACUUACUUGUCGCGUGAAAUAUGUCCGUCUUUUUUUAACUUGCAGUUCUAUUACAUAACAUUGAUUUAUUAUAAUAAUCUCCUAAAAUUUAAUUUCAGGUUUGCCAGAGCGUGUACUAGCGAUCAAGGAGUGAUAUCUCUAGCGAGGUUCAGUCCGAUGCAUAAAAUUGGUAAGUCCAAAAUAAUAAUGAAAUUCGAUAAUUUUUUAUCAUCUCGUUUACUAUGCAUUGUUUUUUUUUCGUUACCAAAUUAUCAAAAAUAAAUUAAAGUUUUUAAUAAAAAAAAACUCAUAGUUGAUAAUGAAUUUUUGUCUACUGUAAACAAACAAGUCUGGUCUGUAGUUGUUUAAAAUAAAAACCAAUUAUAAUUAUUUUACAGCAUCUAGAUGAAAAAUGAAAUAAAUGAUUAGGGUUCGAUUUUUGAAACAAGAUAAAUAACAGAAAAACAUUAAAUUAUUGUUUGAAAAUAUCAUACCUAAAUACAAAAAAUAAUGUUAAAUAAUUAAAUUGUAUUAAAGUUAAUGAUACAUCAGUAUUACGAACAUUAUUAUCAUCAUUGAAUUAUCCAUUUGCAUAAAAUUAAACUAAUUAAAUAAGUAAAGAAAUUAUUUUUUAAUUUUAAAAAAGAUUAGCCACCCAAUAUUUGGAUAAAUUAUCUUUGAAAAAAAAAACCAUUUUUUACUUAGGUAUAAUAAAACAAAAUAGUUUUGAUUUAAUUUGAUUAGAAAUUACACGAAAUUAAUCUAUGUGUACAUAAAUUAUGUUUCUACUAACAAAUAGAACAACGAAGCAUUUACAAGGGUAAAGACUUAUUACCCCUAGUAAUGACAAAUAGAAAAUUAGAAUAUAAUAAAAGAAUAAAGAUUAGACGAAAAGGGGUAUAUUGUUGUGCAAUGGAAAUAAAAAAGUAAAAAGAAUUAUAGUCGAAUAGACCAUAAGAGACUGUACAAUAAUAUUACGAGAAUGCGAAGGAUAUUACAGAUUGAACACACAUACAUACAAAUAGUAGCAGUGGUGAUUUUGACAAGACUUCUAGUUAGGAGGUGCUUUUAAGCAUAACUCCCCCCCCCAUCACCUGCUAAUUCCCCCAAAUUAUUUUCAAAUCACCCUAUAAAGCUCCCCUUACUAUUUGCCAGGUCAUUCGCCCAUGAGGGGUGAAUUCAAAUGUCAACCACGCCCUCCUUAGUGUAUCUCCGUAAGAUGUAUAAACUUAUUUUAUUUAUAUAUUAAUUAAUUUAAAUUAAUAUUUAAUUAAAUAUUAUUUUAAGCAAUAUAUUAUAUAAAUAAUAUAUCUAUAAGCAAUAAAAAACCAUUACUAAAGAAAAACGAUUCAGAGUGAAGUUCAUAAAUACAUGAUUUGAAAGGCCUUAAUAUUUACGAUUUACCUACCAAAUAAAAAUUACGUAAAAAAAAUUGAAAAAGCUUGUACGAAUAUUUUAAUUAAAUUUCAACAAAAAAACAAAAUUGAAAACAAUAAAAUUAUUAUUUUCAUGCAUUUUCCCGUUCUUUCUACGUUUUUUAGGUUCAGAAAAUCAAAAAACAAUUUUCUUAGUUGUACUUUAGGCGAAGCGGAACAAAAAACAAAAUCUUUUUUCAAUGCGCAAAAACGAUAGGACAAAGAUGAGAUGAAUUAUAUAAAGGGAUUGGAUUUUAUAAAUCGAAAACAAGACGUUCGAUAGUAGUCAGAAAUCCUACGCAUAGAAAUAUAGUAUAUACUUAGUGUAAUUAAAGUCGUUUGUAUUGUUAUUUAAAAAAAAAUAUAUUUUCAAUCACUUUUUGCCCUUUUUUUUAAAAUUAAUGCGUUACUGAAAUUAAGCCGGAUUGUUAUUUAUUAGAAAAACUUUUUUUUUUUUGUAACGAUCCGUUAUCUCUGUUAAAACAAUUAUUUUAAUGAAGAAAUUGCUUUUUUCUAUAGGUAUAAUUAUAUCUAUAUUAUUUGCACUAUUUUUUUUUUAUUUUUUUUUUUUUUCAAUUGAAUUAAAUAUAAAUAUUUUAUAUUCCGCGUAAUACUCAUUACGGUAAACUUAUAAAAAAUUAAUUGCGAACGCGUAUGUCCUACUAAUAUUGUAAAUGCAAAAGUUUGACUAGAUGGAUGUAUGUUUGUUAUCCCUUCCGACCAAAACUAUUGAAGGGAAUGAGCUGAAACUUAGCAUAGAUGUAGUUUUUUCUUCAGGAAUUCAACAGCUAAGGUAAGGUUAGGUAAAGUUGGGGAAGGCUGACACAGGGUUAUUGAUAUUUUUGGUACGAAAAUAUAAUUUAUUUUGUUGAUUUAUAGGUUACCUUGGUGAUACAGAUAUAAUAAAAAAAAGUUAAACAAAACAAACAAAAACAAUAAAAUGUAUUAAAAUUAUACUAUUUCGUUUACCCGGGUUUGGUAUGUAUAAAACAUUAUACGCUUUUAUAUAAAAAUAAUUUUCAAAUAAUUUUUAAUAAAAUCGAAAAUAAAACAAUAAUAUUUCAUAUACGAAUAUUUUAUUUUAUUAUUUUUUUUUAAUUAAUAUUAUUUGUACGAAAGUACUUUUUUCAUCAUCUAUAGACUGUAUCAUUUUUUAAAUAACGUGUUUUAUUUUUAUUUUAUUAAAUUAUCAUAAAUUUACAAUAUACAUUCAACUGAUACAAUUAUAUUAUUAUCAAUCUCUCUUAAGAGGAGGUCAUACUCCCAUGUAUAUUUCGUACAACCUCGUGACAUAGCAAAUUUUUGUUCAGCAGGGACAAUUGUGUACUUUAAAUUUAAGAGUGGAUUGACCUAUUAUCAAAUUUAAAGAUAUUAACAUUAUAUGUGUCGUCACGUUUUUUUCUUUAAUAUUUUAAUUUUCAAAGGAAAUGUGAUCGUGUGAAAUAUCAAAAAGACGGAAAUACUUCAUAUGUGGGUGAGCCACUGUUGUAGGUGGGAAGUUGGGAAGGUGGGAUAAAAACGGGAAUUGAAUAGACAUCUGUAAGCAACGAUUAACUAUUGCUAACGAAAAAACGGAAUUCAGUUGAUAGUUUUGCUUUGUCAACAACAUUAAUCUCGUAUUGUGGUAAAAUAAUUACAUGUGCAUUAUUUUCUUUAAUAAAAUUGUUAAAAAUUAUACUUACUUUCCGGUUCUCCAGGUUUUUCCAUGUUUUUUCCCGGUUUUCCUAUUUAUUGGAAAAAUUAAGAAAAAAUUACCUCCCUAAACUAUCACCCCAAUCAGAUUUCCUUUCAGAAAAAGGGCUACACUAGUAAAUCGAAGCAAUAUUUCUGAUAUAAAAGAUUACACAGAUAAAAAAAAUAAACAUCAUUGUAAAACCAUAAGUUUCUUCGUUCCACUUAGAAUCUAAAACAUUUAAGUUGAAAAAAUUGGUAUUUUUAUGGUGUUACUUAAAUCCACAAAGAAAUUACACGGAUAAUUAAUUUGAACAUUUCUUUUAAUAUUUUUGAAUAGAAUAAUAACUUAUGACGUGAUACAAUUUUGUUUAUUUUAAAGUUAAUAUAUUCUAGUACUUCAGGAUAAUCGAUUUAGUUAUUUAAUAAUUUUAAUAGGAAUUUUAUUUCACUGUUAUUAAAUACUGUUUUUAUAUUUGAUACCUAAAUUAAAAAAUUCUUCAAUACAUGUAUAUUCAGAAUGUGAUAUUCUUUCAACACGUCAUUUAUAUGAAAGAAAUCUAAAGAAAUUAUUUUGAAAUCUUAAUAAUUGUUGAAGUUGACUUGAAGAAUUAGAAAAUUUUAUGAUGAAACCAUAUUAGAAUUAAUGACCUAUAUAAUCAUUUAAAAGAAGUCUCGUCCUGAAAGUCGCAACCGGUACUUUUUAAUAAACCUAUAUUUUACCUUACUUUUUAAUUUUUUUUUUUUUUUAUGACAUUUAAAUUGUUAUUAAAAGAUAAUUUUCUAUCAAAAUAAACACUAAUAUCAUUUACGGUAUUUAAUUUUUGUAUUUCUAAAUUAAUUUGUCCAUUGAUACAUUUUUCUGAAUAUACCAACCAUGGAUUUUAUUCAAAUCAGCUGAUAAACCUUCAGUAUCUUUUAAAUUCAUUAUUUUCUUGAAUAUCUUAGCGUCAUCAGCGAAUAAUUAUAUAUUCGAAUGAAUAAUAAGUUAUGUUAAAUCCUAAUUAAAUAUUAGGUUAGUUCUAAUUGAAAUAAAGGCACAGUUUUUUAGGAAUAUCGCAAAAACUGUGGUAGGUGUAUUCAUAUUUUAGAUUCUGAGUGGAGCGAAAUAUGGUUUUACAAUGAUGUUUAUUUUUUUCUACCAGAAAUAUUACUCAAAUUUCGAAGUUUAGCAUCUUUUAUGAAAGGAAAUCGGUGUAGGAAGGUAGUUUUAGGAAGUCAUUUUUCGAUUUUCUCAGGAGUCGUCUUAACAAAUGUGAAAUACCAAGAAAAAACAUGGAUAAAACCGGAAAAAGCGGAGAAAUUGGUAUAACAUUAAACAAAUAUUAUUAAAGAAAAUAUAUAAUGCAUGUAUAAUUUUACCAUAUUAUGGUAUAUAUAUAUUGUUGACUAAGCAAUAUUAUCAACUGAACUCCGCUUAGAAUCGUUUUUUCUGGUUUAUCGUUGCUUACAGAUAUACUUUAAAUUUCCCCUCUACUAUAUCUUCCCAACUUCUCACCUUCAACAUCUACGUGUGAAGUAUGUCUUUUUAUACUUCAAUGUGUAUAGAUUUGUUAUAAUAUAAUGUUCAAACGAUUACUGAAGGGAAAUGUGUUAUUCUUCAAAACGUACAAUCACUUAUCGUAAUUCAAUAAUGUGUGUGUAUAAAAAUUUCUGGAGAAAUGUCGGGGGCGCGUAAAAUAUUGGAAAAUAUUUUCGGGAUCGUAUUUUUUCGGAACAAUAUUUUGUAGAAACCGUAUUUUGCUGGAAAAUUAUAAUUUAUAUUAUAUAUUUAAGGUUUAGUUUAAGUAAUAAAAGAUUAAAGUAUUAUUACUUUUGGACAUAUUAUGUCUAUUAUCUACUCUAGAAAUCAUACGGGAAAAAAUUAAUUACCUACUUUAAGAUAAACUAGUGAAUUUAACCACUUGUAAAUAUGAUUAUGGUAAUAUCUAUUGGUUUGUCCAAUGGAUUCAAUCUCAUCAUCGUAUAUAUUUGUUAAUUCACAGGAAUCGGAUAUUUCGGUAUGGCCAUUUUUGCGCUAUUAUUUCGGCGCAAGGUUAUUUCAUUAGUACGUUGAUUUUAUUUAUAUAUUUAUUUAAAGUGAAUUUACUAAUAGCUGCUAUCAGUUAUUCCUAUUUGCUUUAGGUAAAGCAUAGAUAAUAAAAACUUGGUGGACCAUAAUUAUUAUGUCCGGGCGGCGCGUUCCAAAACACGACUGUCGUUUAUCCUUUACUACUUAGGCGAUUAUUUUUAUUUACUUAUAUUAUAUUGUAAUUAUGUUCAAUUUUUAAGUAUAAUUUGUACAUGUAUAGUAAAUUCAUAAAUGAAAAUGCACGACUACACGCAUUAAUAUAAUUUAAAUUUGUUGCUAUUCAUCAUGUUAUUUAUCUUAGUUAUCACGUUGUAGUAUCAUAUAAAAUAAUAUUGAAAAUAACGCCCAAGUCCACCAAAUUGAACAAAAAAUGUGCAGGUCUACUAUAGGGAUGGCUUAACCGGUCUUUAUUAUCAAUGAAAUAAAGCAAUUAAGAUACAUCAAUAAGAAAUAAAACAGUCGGUCGAUUUAUUAUCUUGCCGACGAGUUGUCGACUGAAAUUGAAACUGAAACUGAAAUUUAAAAUGUUGUGUUCGUCCGAAAAAAAUGUCCAAUAUACUAUCAAAUCGUGGUCGUAAUAUGUUUGUACGAAAUGGUUUUAUGUACUUAUUUGACAAAUUUAAUUUUAAUCAUACAAAAUGUUUUUGGAGGUAUCAAAAUAAAGAUAUGUGUAAUUGUUGAUUUCACACUGGAAUCAAUUAUUACGUAAUCAAAAAAACAAUCAACGAUCGUACACAUGACUCCAAAGUAGCUAAAAUUGAAGUUGAUACUACAAUUACAAAAUUAAAAACGCAAUUCAAACUAUGCAGAAACCUACAUCAGUUGUCACUUGUCAUUUAUGAAUGUGUUGGAUGUUUAUAUAAAACAGCUUAAGUAAUUAUAAAAAUAAUUAGAUAAUAAAUAUACAAUUAUAAUUCAUUAUUAAUUUAGACCUCGCUGCCAUAUAUUAGUAGGUACAUUGAAAAAAAAACAGUUCGCCAAAAACGUCAAGAAAUUCAUGCUACACCACAUAAUCCGGAUGACCUUACUAAACUGGAGAGUCCACCAAUAUAUCAAAUGUACUCUCCAUCAAAUAAAUAAGAAGAAUUAUUUUUACAAGUUGAUAGUAACCUUGGUUGUAAUAAAAUAUUAAUUUUUGGGCGGUCUCAGAGCCUCGAUAUUUUAGAAAAUUCUAAUACUUGGUACAUGGAUGACACAUUUAAAGUUGCACUUAAAUUAUUUAAUCAGGUUAAUGUCAUACUAGCUGAAUAUUUACAAAGUAUACUGCCUGUAAUUAAUAUUUUACUUCCAGAUAAACAAUCAAAAACUUAGGAACAUAGUUUUCAAUGUUUAGAAAUUUAAAACCAGAAUUAAAAUCCAAAUCAAUUUUAUGUAGUUUAAAUAAAUAAUUCUUUACACUUAUAAGUCAUAAGUCAUAAUUGAUUAACCGUUAUAAUUUUUAUUAAAAUCAUUAUGAACUGUUAUUAUUUAUGUUAUUUUAUUGUUAUUUUAAACGUCUAAUUUUAAUCGCCUGUAAUAACAGUUAGUUUGUUAAUAGUUAAAAAAUAUAAAAUUAGGUUAAACCCGUCCGUAUUUCAACAAAUACAAAUAUAAGUUGUGGAAAUAUACAAUUUCUCGAACAUGAAAUAAUAAUUUGGAUGAAUGUGUAAAAACACCAUGAUAUUAUUAUGAAUGAUCGUAAAACGACACAAGCUAUAUUAAUAAAAAAAAAAAACACAUUUUAACAAUGUACCUAAUACCUAUUAUUGAUAGUAUAAAUUUAUUUAUUUUUUUUUUUUUAUUGUUUUAGCGGUUGUAUGUAUUGUAUUAUGCCAAAAAAUCGGGGGAAAAAAUACAUCUCCAAUGAGUAUAACACAUUUGUUUUGUUUUUUAAGCCAGUUACUGACCAUUUUUUUGUUUACGUAUGUAUUAAAAAAUAUAUUGGUAAAAAGUUUCGAAAUUUUAAAUUAAAACAAUUGAAGGGUACAGGUAAAAAACCAAAAAAGAGUCACUUUUUUUCCAAAAUAACGAUAUUGGUGUCAAAUAAUUUAUAUUAACAUGCCGCCGUAUUUUUUAUUCCAUCAAAAUGGCGAAAAAAAAGAUUAGUCAAGAGGAUUCAAUGCUUUAAGUUUAGGCCUACAGGUAAAAAAAACAGAUAGUCAAUUUAUAACCAGAUAAAAGUUGGGUUAAUAUACGGCUAUAACCUUAGUUAAUAAUAUAAUAUGACAUUAUUAUGUUGUGGUUACUACAUUUCAAAGCUUAACAUUAAACUUAAUCCGAAAUAUUUAUUUUGUAAAAAAAAUUGUUACGUUUUAAAAUUAAAAACAAAUUUUUCUGAGUUUGAAAAAAAAUUGAUUUUUUCGGUAUUUUUCCUUGUACCCUUAAAGUAAAUGCUAAGUGUACAUAAUAUCUAGAAAUUCGUUAGUACAGACCGGUGUACUGAUACGUUUUGUAUCGGUUUACUAACACCCUUGAUACCGAUUAUUUUACACCAGUAUAGAUAUUCGACGAUGGAAAUCAGUGUAUCCCCACCAUUGUCCAAAAUUAAUAAUGGUAAUACUAACAAUUAAAUAUUAAUUAAUUAUUUAAAUUAUUGGUGUAUUACCUAUACUAUAUUUCCCAUUUCCCGCUAAUAAUUACUUAAUAUAAAUUAAUUUAAAUAGAUAUUAGUUGUCAAUAAUUAAAAUAUUUUUUUUAUCAUUUCUGUGUUCGUUUAUUAUUUCGAGGGGGAAUUGAGAGGAAAUGAAACCGGUGUAAAUAGUUUACACCAUAUGCAUGUGAUAGAGCAGAAGAUUUGAACCGGUGUCGUUAGUUUUAACAUCAGUUACUCCAAAAAAUUUGUCAAAUUCACAACGGUUUGAUUUUCAAGGGGAAAUUUACACCGAUUUGUAUCAACGAAUUUCUUGUUAGUAUAUUAAACUUGAUAUAAUAUACAGAGUGAUCAACAUGAUGUAAGACACUCAUUAUCGCGGAAGAUGAGAUGCAUCGGUGCAUCGUUUGUGUAGAGGCGUGGUGCACGGCGUUUUAAUAUUAUUGUUUCAUCUCCCUCCGCCGAAACUUAAAAGAAAAGAUUUAAAUAUCAACACCAAAAUGUAUUAAAACUACUCAACCUAUUUAUAGAAAUUUAAACAUAGGUUGUCAUUUGAAAAUCAAAAUUAGGUAGUAGUUUCGCCCUUUAAAAUAAAGGUGACAAAAAAUAACAAAAUGUAACUUUUUAGAGCUGCUUGUUACUUAAAUUAUCUAAAAACAAGUUCCGAAUGUUGAAUGUACUACGUUAUAUUGAUCACCUUGUUUAUACAUAUACAUAGUACAAUAGUAAUAAUUAUAUUAAUAUUUAGUUAUUCCGAGUAAACGGUUGUACCAGAACCAAAAAUGAAAUUAAUUAGAAAUUCAUUAAUAAUGAUUUUUUAUUAAAUAAAAUUUUUGAUUUUAUAAAAAAUAUUUUCUGGGUUGUACGGAUUAUUAUAAUUUAUUAUAUUUUUUUAAUACGUCAUAAAAAAAAAUAAAAACAAUGGUCACACAUAACGGUUAGAAACAAUAUAAUAGAACGUCUAGCCUUAAAUGUUGACCUUUCGUAUAAAUAAAAAAUAAAUGUUUAGCAAAAUUCGCAUACUCUGCUAUAGUUACCUACAUACAAUGACGUAAAACUUUAUAAUUCGACAACGUAUUUAUUUUAUUGACAUAUAAUGUUUAGUGGUCUGUACAUAAUAUUUGUAUUGCGUGGUCAAUUCUAAGGAAUACGAGUUAGGCAACUUAUGUGACAGGUACAUGCGGGUCAUGUCUAUGUGUGUGAAGUAAAAAAAUAUUAGUGUGAGUAAGAUCGAAUACGUGUAUCGCCACUUUCCAUACCACCAUAAAAUAUAUCAUUAAAAUAAAAUUAUUUAUAAACCUGCUUAAAAUAAGUUUAUUGUUGUACGAAUAAUGAUAACAAUAUUCUAGGAUAAAUAAUAAAUAAAUAGUAUAGAUAAUCUUCUGUUGCUACUGUUUAGUCGGGCGUCAUACUUAACUAGAUUUUUAACAAGUAAUCAAAUUAAGUCUAUUCUCCCAUUUACUUAUAAUGCGAUGACCAUUGAAUUAACAAUCAAAACGAAUGAAACCAAAAUUAAAUACCAUUUAAUUUGAUAUAGGAACAUAAUGUAAUAUAUAUUAUGGAAUAACCUAACCACGUUACGCGAUAACAUCAGUUUUCACAUGGAUCAGUAGAAUUUUAAACGUCUGUUACUUUAAAACUAUUCAUAAGAUAUAAAUGUGUGAUACAUUAAAAUUUUCAAAAAAAUAAACUCUACAGAAUGGCUAUCUUAAAAUUUCCCGAAAAUAAUAAAAUAAAAAAUGUUUUUUUUAUUUUUUUACUAAAAAAUAAAAUUUAAUUUAAAAAUAAAUAUUUGUAGUCCUCAUCCCUUUGAGUAGUAUAAAAACAAAAAUCAGAAUUUGGUAAUCUUUAUUAUCUCCGGAGAUAUUCAAGAGAGGUAUCUUCGUGGAACAGCCUGUACAUUAUUGACAAAGCAACACCAUUAACCAAACUCCGGUUAGAACCAUUUUUCGUUAAAGAAAUAUAACUCCAAUCGAAAAAUGACAAGAGAUCGGAUUUGUUCGUUUUAAUAUAUUAUAAUCCAGGGAUCGGUAAUUAGUUUCGAAGGUGGAGCAGAUAAUUUGAAAAACAAUUUUCGAGAGCCAUACAUUUUAGUAGUAUUUUAGAAUUGAGCAAAAAAAAAAAUUUCAACCUUUACCUAUUUAAUGUUUUGUCUUAUUUAACAUCUCCAGAAAAAAAAACAUAAAUUUAUAAAUUAAUAAAUGUAUUUAUUUUUGUAUUUAUUAUUGAGCAUGUCCAAAACCACUUUAUUAAAUGUAUAUCAUUCGAACUUUAAAUUCCUAUAAUUAACCACAACUAUAAUCCAGUUAGAUCAAAACUGAAUAUUCAAACUUUAUUAUUACUUCAUGAACUAUCUGAUAUAACUUUUAUAUAUAAAUUAAUCAACGGACUUAUUUGUUCUCCUUAUCUUCUAAACUCUAUCCGCUUUAAUGUUUCUUCUGAUACUAACCGUUCUGUCCCACCUUUCUAUAUUCCGUCUAACAGCACAAAUUAUCAUACCAACUCCCCCUUUCCAAGAGCAUUGUCGCUUUGCAACAAGUGUUCCAUUAACGACUUCUUUUUUUCACCUUUAACUCAAACUUAAAUCAAUUUAAUAUUUUACUGUAUAUUAUAGUACAAAUAGACGUUCCAGAACGUUAUAUUUAACGCAUUAUCAGUUAUUUUACCCACUCGACAACCAUGUUUAUUCUGUAAAACGUUAUACCUAUAUAUAAAUUAUUAUUAUUUAUGCAUACUUCAAAUAUUUAGAGGGUUUUGGAUUCACAUUGCACAGCUAAAGCUCAUGUGUCAUUUUAGCACUACGAAAUCAUUUGCGGUACCUAUAUAAUAUAAUAUAAUAUACUAUGUGGUACGUGUAUGUGCCAAACGGUUUAACACCACGCGAACAUAACACUACAUACAUAAUGUGUACCGUAAAUAUUCGACUAGGUACUCGAAAAACCAAAGGUAUGUGUACCUGCGGGUUAGGUAACGAAAUUUAAUUAUAUAAACGACGAAAUUCAGUUAGCUGACACUUAUUGCCGAAUCGAGUCAGAUCUUUUCUGUUGUUAUCUCCGGUGUAUAUGUAUACCGUACCGUCAUUACGAUUCACGUUUUCUAUAUUACUUAUUGCACAUUUUCGUUAAAGUUGGACAGUUAAAUUACAAAAAAAUUACAAAAAUCAGUAACUUUACAACUAGUAAAUUACUUUUAGUUUUUUUUAUAACUUGUAACUUAACGAAUUACUUUUUAUCUGAAUCAAAAAAGUUACAAUUUAGUUUUCAUAGUUUUGUCAACGAUAUCUUACAACUCAGAUAUUUUUCCUGCGGAAAUCAAUACGUACCUAUCAUGGCUGACAAACAAUAUUAUAAAUAUUAUGAAUUAUUAUAACAUUAUAAUAUACGUUUUUGAAUUUUCAUUACACAGCUUUAUGGUUUAUACCGAUGUACCUACCGUAGAACGGUAUGAAUAGAUUAAUUAAAAGCCGCUCAGAAUCUGAAAUGGAAUAUUAUAUUAUUAGCUGCUCAUAUAUCAAUAUCUUAAACUGUACUAUCGAAAGAAUAAUUGAUUUUAAUUUUAGUAUAAAUAGCAAUUCAUAUUUUAUACUACAUGAGAUAGUGCAAAUAUUGCAUAUCUUUAUUUUGGUUCAAAUUACAAACGUAUUUCAAAAAUAUUGAUGUAAAUUACACGUUUAGCAUAUUAUAUUUUGGGUCAAUUUUGGUGAAAAAGCACAAAGCUAAAACAAUAAGGGACACGAGCAAUCGUGAAUUCGUGAUAGUAUUAUUUGUAAUUAAUUAGAUACCUCAGUACCUGCUAUUACUCUUGUUAUUAGUGUUUGAAGCUAUAUAAUAUCGUUAAUUAGUGUAUAUCAUGUAUACAGCAAUUAAUUGCAAUUAAAGCCAAAUUGAACAUCUUCUUCCGUUUAUAAGCUGAUGACUACCAAAUAAAAUAAUAGGUUAGUUAGAUGCUUAACUGACACACGGCAAAUACGGCAGUGCAUUUGUGUAAUAUAAUCCCAUCAUAAUAAUAUAUAGUUACCUACUCGAAUUAAUAACACUGUAGUAAUUAUAAAAAGUUUAAAAUUAUAAGGCCACUCGUAAAAUAAUAUAUUAACUUGCGGAAAAUCUCCCAUUUAUUGAAGAAAAAAGUGGAGAAUGAAGAAAAAGGAUUAAUAUGCUCUGCUCUUAUUUCAAAAAUACAAAUAUAAACGGUAUAGUAUACGUAAAGAAGGAAGAAUAGAUUACUGCAACAACAUAAUGAGUAAAACACCAUACAUGUUGGAGUUGAAAUGGGUAAUAAUAAAUAAAAGUGGUAACAAAGUCGUUUAUAUGAAAAGGCGAUAAAGAAUUCGUGUAAGUAAAGAUCUCUGGGAAAACCUGAGACUAAAUUUAAAAAUGUAUUAACAAAUGACACAGAAUGACUUGGUGGAGCUUUGAACUGGAAAUAAAAAACAAUCAGUAGAUGAAGUAUUGUGAAACAGGAUGGUCCUUUAGAUGUCUAAGAAGAACAAAAAGAAAAUUAACUUUUGAUACGAAUUAAUCGAUAUUAAUUUUAGUAAUAUUACUGUCUCGGGGGUGAUAAUAAAUAAAAUUGCAUCGCUGAAAUGAAAUAAAACCCAUAAUGGAAGUGGUUUCGAAAGAAUACUAGGGAAACGAACGAGUUUUUCUGUAUCCGCCAAAUUGUCCAGUAGUUAUGCGAAUAUAAAAAAAAGCUAUGUGUUCUGAUAUUUAUUGAUUUUAAAAAAGUUUAUGAUCUUAUCCAUGGACCAAACUUAUUUAACAUUUCAGAAGAAUACAAUAUUUCAAUGAAGUUGAUUUUUGAUAAAUUUGAUUACAGACCACUUCGAGAACACUUGUAUUAAAAUUGAAUUAGUGAGUUCAGUGUUAGAAGCAGUAAAAGUAUCUUUUGAUUUCUACCAUUCACAGAUGACUUAUGCUUACUGGGAAAUAACUUGGAAACUGUAAAACAAUAUUUUAGAAAGUUAAUGAAUGUAGCAGGUAAGUGCGAUCUGAAAAUCAUUGAGUGAAAAUAGAAUAAAAAUGUAAUAAUUAGACAGAAGAAGCAGAAAAUACCAACAAGAAGAAUUUAUAGAAAUGGAAUGUCAUAAGAUUAAGAUAGUGUUACAUUUAUAAUACCUAAGACCCAUAAUAGCGCAAAAUAAUAAUAAUGACCUCUAAGAUACAAUUGGGAAAUAGAUACUAUGGCCUAGGGAGCAUAUUUGUCUCAAAGAUUUUAUCAAAAAACUAUAAAUUGAAUUAGACAUGACUCUGAUAUGACUAGUAGUGCUAUAUGGUUCUGAGACAAGGACUUCGAAUCAGUCACAGGGUGGUAAAGGAUACCUCACAAUGAGAAACUGAAGACCAUGAUCCGAAAACCUAGAAUUAUUGUAGAAAUUAUGAAAUUACGGUCAUGCUUUGAGGAAAGAGGGUUCAUUGGUUAAAGUAACCAUUAAAGAAAAUCUGAUUAGAAAUAGACCGAUAAAUAGAUCGCGCGCUUACCGUGAAAAGGCCGUGUCAACAAAGAAGUGAAAGCAAUAGAACUGAAUACAUGAAGGAAAAAAAUUGCAGAGGCUCGAGAAAGAUGGUGAAAAAUGUAUUUGAAGGACUGGUCUUGAAGGCCGAAACACAAAAAAAAAAAGAUUGUUCCACAAUACCACUGGAUAUUUAGCGGGAAUUUAAAACCGUUAACAUAAUUUAUAACUUGCGGUGUGCAAAAAGUUUUUUCAUUAUUAUAACGCUGUCCUAUACAAAAGAAAUAUUGAAAUAUUAUUUAAAAAUAAAACUCCUGUCCGUGUUCUUGCUAUGGCGUUUUUCACUACCUAUAGUCAUAUUUAUUUUGAUUUCCUCUUGUUUAUUAUUGUACUUUAUUAGCAUCGAUCACUGCAGGCGAACUGCUGAAAAAACGUCCAUUUAUAUACGUAUAUAUAUUUUUAUAAUCAGACCGGUACGCCACUCAUACUGCAAAACAAACACGUUUCAGAGCUCGUUAAACUGAAAGAUGUUUUAUUAAUUAAAGUAUUAGUUACUAGUUUUUUCCUCCUGUGUAACAAAGAGAUAACGCAGAAAUAAAAAAAAAAUUAUAACCGUUCUGUUGAUGAGUGUGCUCAUCAUGUGCCACUGUUGUAGAUGGGAAUGAAAUACAAUUCUAAAUGAGCAUGGUUAAACAUGUUUGUUUUAAAAAGCUUUGACUUUUAAGAUUUUCAUCAAAAUUUUAGCUUAAAAAAGCUUAUUAAAAACGUUCUAGGAUAAUAAAAACAGGAACAGCCAGUGUUAUAGGUAAUUUAAUGUAUACCUGUAAGCAACGAAAAACUAUUUCUUACGAAAAAACGAAGUUCAGUUGAUAGUGUUAUUUUGUCAGCAAUAUACUCGUAUAUGUAAUUUUAUAGUAAAACUAGUUGUCCCGCGCCCGGCGUUGCCCGUGCCAAUUUUUAUUAUUAUUAUUUUACCCAUAUUCAUUUUUGGUUUUGGAAUGGCCAUGUUAGAAUUGAAUGAAAACAAAUAGGUGGAAAGUGGGUAGUCCACCUGCGGCGGCCUAAAUGUGAUAAAUUGUGAUAUUUGAAUAGUGUAAAUAAUAGUGAUAAUAAAAAUUAUAAUAGUUUUAUCUUAUAAUGUGUCGGUGACUUGUUGACAGGCCAGUCUGUCUCAAUGCAUUAGCUCGACGGCGUUCAUUGCGUUGCUCUUGACUUUCAUUAGUACGUGUGAUUACAGCCUGGUUUCUUAAAUUUUCAUUGUCCUCGAUUUUUUUUUAAAUGGGGGGGGGGUUGAUGGAUUUCAAAGGAAGUUAAGCNGGGAAAGCGCGUGUACCGUAUUAUAGCUAAUUGCUUGUAUUACUUGUAUUACGGUUCAAAUCAGCCCCUUUGCGUUUUGUUGGCAUUGAAAUAUGUGCAAAACACACGUACAUAGGUUAGGUUAGGUUAGCAAAAUUAGUCAAAUCGGCCCAGCCGUUCUCAAUUGUUAUUGGUACGCGGGUGCCACGGAAACCAAUAAUAAAAAAUAACCACAUAGAGUGUAUAUUAUCUCUCCGUGGCAAAAUAAUAAUUGUUGAAUAUCGUGCGUGCUAGUAUACUUUGACUUAAGAGGCCAUAACUCCGGAACCACUUAUCGUAGAGCAUACAGACUUAGAUAGUAGCUGAUUCUCAGACCUACUGAAUAUGCAUAUAAAAUUUCAUGAGAAUCGAUCAAGCCGUCUCGGAGGAGUAUGGGAACGAACAUUGUGACACGAUAAUUUUAUAUAUAAGAUAAUUAAAUAAACUUUAUAUAUUUUCUUUGAUAAUAUUUGUUUAAUGCUAUACCGAUUUACCUAUGUUUCUUCCUGGUUUUUCACAUUUGAUGGAAAAACUCUUGAGAAAAUCGAAAAAUGACCUCUCUAAAGUUUCUUUCUAAUGAAAUUUCUUUAGAAUAUAAUUUAGAAAUAGAACGCAAAAUAAUUUAAUAAACUUUAAACAAAAAAAACGACUACAUUAAGCUAAUUAUUUUGUGUUUAGAUACUAUGUACAACUUACAAACCUUGUGUAAAAUUAACUGCCCAACCAAAACAAAUGUUACCAAAUAAAAACUAUAAAAACUCGAAUUUGUAAAACAAAGUAAUUAAACCCUUAUUUCCGUGAUUUUUCCUGUCUUUUUUAAGCUAAAGUGAAAGUAUUCCCCCCUCCCCCCGGUAUAGAAAUUAAAAAUAAUAACUUCUGAUAUCAAGAAAUUUUCACGACUUCUUCAUUUUUCGGACUUAAUGUUCAAAAUUGCAAAACUCUGCGUGUUCUUAAAAUAAAAUAUAUAUACAUAUAUAUUUUAGAUUCGAAGCGAAGCGAGGAAUAUAUUGAUUUUACAAUAAUGUUUUUUUUUUGUCUGUAAACAACUUUUCUACCAGAAAUCUUGUUCCGAUUUUUAAGAUAAGUAAUAACUUUUCUAAACGGAAAUUCUAUUUGGGUGGUACGUUGAGAAAGUUGUUUUUUUUUUUGGUUUUCUAAACGGUUUUUAUAAUAAUUGGGAAAGAUCGAGUAAACAUUAUAGUUAUUAUAUAAACAGGAAAAUUUACGAAAUAUAUUAUUUUCAAAUUUGUUUUUUGUUGUGAUUCAAUUACAAAUAUUCGCAGAGACUUAAAAUUUGUACACACAACUUGUAUUUGCUUUUUAUAUAUAAUAUUAUUUUCAAAAUAUUUUUGCCUUUUUUGAGCUAUUUAUAGAUAAUUUAAAUUUUGUACGUAGUUUUUAUUUGGUAGGUUCUCUUUGGAUAAUAUUGUUAGAAUAAACAGUAAUACUUAAAAAUUGAACAAAAUGUUCAUUAUAAGUCGUACUCUGUAAACAAAAAAAAAUAUUUAGUAUAAUGUACAAUUUUUUUUUUUUAAGAAUUUUAAUAAAUUUUGACGAAAACCGUAAAUAUUACGGGCUUUCAAAAUAUGUAUAACCGAACUUUGCUCAGAACCGUUUUUCAGCAGCAAUGAUUAAUCAUUACGUAUAGAUAAACAUUAAGUUCCCUUUUAUAUUACCAAAUUACCUUACCAACUUCUCACCUACAACAUACUGUGCCAAGUCAUCGAGCAAAGUAUGUCCGUCAUUUUUACCUAUAAACACGUGUAAUGUCAUUUGAUAAACGAAUUUAUUUGAAUACGUAUUAUAUAAAUAUUUAAUGCGGGCAUACGGUGGUAAUGGCGAAAUAAAAUAAUUUACAAUAUAAAUAAAUGAAGAUAACUAAUGCGCUCACUAUAUUUGACAAUGCACUCCGUAAUAAUAAUAUAGGAUAUUAUGAAAUAUUCCGCUUUCUAAUAUUUAACGUUCGGCAUAAUAAAUUAUAUAAUAAUACCCACUUGUUUUAUAGAGUACUUUUUCGGUGUCUGAGAGUGUAUUGUUGUUUAUCAAUAUUUAAGUUAAAACAAUAUACCUAAGGUUGACACAAAGCCGAAAUACAGAGUGUCCUAUUCCAAAGAAUGUUCAAAACGGAAAAAGAUUCUAACAAAAUUCCACUACUGGUGUAUCCGCAAUUAAUUACCACGAGCAAUUUUACCCCGGAUAAAAUUUCACAAGAGAAUAUUUAACUCUUUGGUCCCCAAAGUGGUCACCAGAAUUAAAGCCUUGUGAUUUCUUUCACUGGAAUUUCAUAAAGGUGAACAAAUGACCAUCGGUAUCGAAAGAUAUCGAUGAACCGAAGAAAAGAAUCACUAUAAUUUAGUCGCGAAUAUGAUUGUCACAUCAGAUAUUAUGACUAUAAGAAUAUGAAAUGACAAGUUUGAGUAUCGACAUUGAACACGUAUACAUUUUCUAAGGAAACCAAAUAGAAAUCUGUUAUAGGUAUCGUAUAUAAUUCAUUUUGAUUAGUGGUGGAUUAGUGUAUAUUUUUUUCGAUUUUGAAAAUAUAUAGCUGUUCAAAACCCAAACAUUAUUUUUUGAACACCCUGUAUAUAUAUAUUACAGGAAGUAAACGCUAGUAAACUAUGGAAGUUAUGUUCCGAGAAAACAGACACCGUUAUUAUUUAUUUAUACAUUUUGUAUACCUAUAAGACGGUAAGGGAAUUAUUCCAAGGCUAGCGAAUUUAAACAGGUGUUUUAGUACUGGUGCUGAGUCAUGACCUCGAACUAUUUUUUAGGUAUCUAGAUAUUAUAAUAAUAUUUGUUUAUUUUCGGUUUCUUACAGAAAAUGUUAACAAAUUCCCGAUUUUUUAUCAGCUCAAUGCUCAUUGUACACGUCUCAAAAUUUUAAGUUAAGCAUAGACGAGUUUUUUUUUGUUCUUUAACAAGUUUUCAAUCGGAAGACUCACUCCCAAUAACUGACUUGAGGGACUCUUUCUGAUAGCAAAUUUUAUCUAUAAUAAGAUGCAAGUCAUUUUUGAAAUUCCUAGUACUUUUUUUGAUACUGAGAAAAACAUAACUCUUUCGAAAAAAAAGAUGAAAAACUAUCAAACGCGGGUUUUUGUCAAAAAUCUAUUUUUAUUUUUGUCGUAGUUCCGCAGGAAGAAACACUUAAACAGUGAAAUAUUGAAAUUUCCCCAAAUCCUAUAAAAACAUUUUUAUUCUUAACGUAGUUUGAAUUUAGAUUCGGGGCGGAAAAAGAAUCUAUUGAUUUUACUAUGAUGUGGGCUCCUUAGAUUCGGAGUGUAGCGAGUAAAAUCAAUAGAAUUUAUUGAUUGUAAAAUAGGGGUUUUCAAAAUAAUUGAGAAAACUACAAAAGAAAAUUAUAGAUAAAACAACAAAUAUUUAUGGCAUGUAGCGGUAUUACCGUUUUCAUUGUUUUUAAUUUUUGUAACUUAUGCUUUCUACCAGAAAUACUAUUAUAUACCAAUCAAAAAAUGACAAAAAAAUUUAUUUUGUUUCUUUUGACACAUAUAGCUACUGAAAUAGAAAGUUGUUUUUUUAUAUCUAAAGUAUUUGUCAUAAACUCAUAACUCACAAUACUUGGGAAAAACUAAAAAAAUAACUAAAAAUACGAUUUUUUCAAAAUAUGGCACAACAAUUUCGUUAUUUUUAAUUUGUACGGCUUAUGUUUUCUACCAUAAAUAUUGCUCCAAUCAGGAGCGUUUCGAGAAUUCCCUAUUAGGUAUCAGUUUGAAAAACUGCCGACCGCAUAAAAAUGACGAGAAAAAAAGCAUAGUUGUAGUUGUAUAUGUUUAUACGUAUGAGUAAAAUUCGAAUACAAAACAAAUGUACGUACUACAAUAUUUUAUUAACAUUUUAUUUUUAUCAUCGUUAAUAUUUAUAUGAAAACCAAAAACAUGAUAUAUUGUCUUUAUUUGAUACAGAUAUGUAAUGUAUAUAAUAAUUAGGGCCCGAAUUUAUAUGCAUUUGCAUGUUUUUUUUAGACAGUCCAAAAAGUAGUUAGAUAGGCUACAAGUUUGAAUUAAGGUCAAUAAAAUUGAAAAACAAAAUUUUAUUUUGCAUAUUUUACUAUUUUUUAACAUGUAAUGCAUAUUUCUGUAUGACUGUAUUCAUGAUUUUUCAUUUCAUAUAAAUGAUUUUUAACUGCAUAAUAUGUAACAUUCUGGUUAUAUUUAUAUUAAUUUAAAAAUAAUGAUAGAAAUAAUAAAAGAAAUAUUUUAUGUAUUGCUUUUAAGAUAAAAAAAAAUGUCGAAAAUACCAUGACAAAUCAUUUGCACCUACUUUAAAAAUAAAGAGAAAUAAUAAAAAUGUACACAUUCAUUUUUUUUUUUUUUUUAAAUUGAUUUAUUGCGCACAUGUUGCAUUUUAAAGGGUAUAUUUCUACAAAAUAGGAGCAUAAAUGCUUAUUUUAUAGUGCAUAUUUCUAAGGUUUUUAGAGCAUAUAGAUCCGGAUCAAAAUAAUGGAUUUAUGUAAAUACAUGUAUAAUGUAUUUUAUAUAAUUAUCUUACUACGACUCACAAAUGUACAAUAGUACACAAUUAUUUGUCGCGAAUGCAUGCGCUCAAAACGUUCGUGUUACCAGCUGUCAACAGUACCCCUGAACAGGCCAUCGGCACGACUAGGCGGCAUGCGUAAUUAUCUUUAAAUUUAAAAUAUCUAACGCUACAGUACAUACAACUUUGAAAUAUACUUUGAGAUUCAGUUGAAAAAUGUCUAAGUAAAUUAUAUUUUAUUAUUAUUAUUAAUGUAAUGUUUAAAAUCGGUAGGUAGCUAAAGAUUUCUAGGAAGAAACUUGGUUUCAAAGUCCCCCUUGACUAACUAAUCGCUAAUGUAAAUUAAACGAAAGGUAAAGAAAUUACUAUACACUGCGUUUGUUGCCUUAAAAUAUUAAACACGUAUAAUAGUAAAUAAUUAUUACAAAUGCUUACAUUCUUACAUCACACUAGAAAUGUACUAAAUUUUGUUACCGUGGCAAUCGCCAACGUACAAAUGUAACAAUGCCUAUUAAAUUAAUAAUUAUGAUAAAAGAAGCGCUGAAUCGCGUAUCUACAAACACGCACACUCUUACACUCACAGUCGUCGUGUGUCUGCAACGUUCACGAUAACGCGGGUAUUUCCAGAAUAUUUCAUCAUCUAAUCGAUCUAAAGUGAUCCUAUAUCUUAAAUUUGCAAUUACUAUAUAGUGUAAACAACUCAUUAGUAAUAAGAAUAACUAAUAAGUUUACGUAUAUUAUUAUCUAUGUGCUCAACUCUAUACGUCUACGGUCUGCAUAGUUUAUAAUAAUAAUAUUAUAAACACUACCUACAACUCCAACAUCAAUGACGACGAUUUUGUAAAUAAGAUAACCUUGACAUUUUGUCGACUAUUUCAAGUUUUUUACCAAAUGUACGAUUUGUCGACUGACAAAAGUAUUUUGGGGUGAUAAAUACCCCUCCCCCGUUCGGAACGCCGAAAAAAUUGUUUUAGGUCUUAGCCUUCGUUAAUGUCAUUAUUCAUUUUUCGUCGUUUUAUCGAAAUACUAAAUGUUAAAAUAACAUCUUCCGACCUAAAAAUUCGGAUUUUAAACACAUUUAAAUAAAUACACUAAAUACAUUAAUUUAAGCAAUUUAUAAUUGCUACAGUAAUCGUGUGUGAUAACAACAAUAACAAAUGUAAAACCGACAGUUUUAUUGUUCUCAAAUAUUGGAAUUCUACAGCUGACCCGUGGAAUACAAUUUUUGUUUUUUUUUUUCCCCGGAGCCUUCCGGUUCCGGACUACUCUAUAAUAUAACUCGGUUUUAACAUUUUUGUUCGAUAAACAUAAAAAAUAAUUCAUAUGUGUACUUUUUAAAUAUGUACAAAACCCCGUUUGAAAAUUGAAAAGUAUAUAAUAUUAUUUAUAGGGAAGUGAAGGGGGAGUCAAUAAUCCGCGCGAGAAAAAGAAUAUUUAAUACAAAUGUUUAAAAAAAUAUUGAGUCUGAUCACGUUUGUACGAUAUAAUAUUAUAUUCUGAUGGAAUUAUUUAUUUAUGUUAAUUUCGUAAAUUAAUGUACAAUAUAUUGUAUUGUAUAUGUUUGAUACGUGCAUACAAUCGAACGAUUUAUUUAAGGUCUUUUUGAUCCUUCAAAAUCACGUGUGUGGAUUGUAACAUCCAUGACGCACGUACGGUAUAGUGAUAUCAUUAAUUUAAAAAAAGUUUUGAUUUUCUGUACCUUAUGUACGUUAUAUUUAUUAUUAUUAUUUUUUUUUUUUAUUGUUCAACGAAUAAUAUGGUGAUACCAUAUUUAUUGUACGUAAAAAAAAAUAAUAAUUUUCCCUAAACCAAUCACCGUGAGUACGGCCGACAGCUUUCUGAUUCGGCCACAAAUACUUCUAUAGUCAUAUAUUAUAAAUUAUAAUGUACUAUAGAUUGCUAACUUGUAUAUGCUACUUGCAUAUAUGUAAUAAUGAUGCAACUAUUUUCCGCUACCUUUAUGGGCAUCACGAUUGUAGAUGCUAUAGUUGAUCAACCUACGAUAAAAGUGUAAAAGUAAAAGUGUCUACCGAAUUGAUUCCCUGAAUCAAUUGGAUUCUAGAUUGCUAACGCUUGUGUAACGGUUCGAGACCGUAUCAAAUUAAUAAAUGCCGCGCAUUUGACAUUACACUAAUGCCUGAGACGUAGGAAAAGUGACUGAAACUUAUAAUGAAUCAAAUAACAACGGGUUUGUUAUAAUAUUGAACAGAUAACGGUUUAUAUUAAUUACGAACAAAAAAUAAAUGUUUUGAGUUUUUGACAAUGAAUAAAUAAUUAACUUACAAGAGAAUAUCGUUUAAUAUUCGAUACUAAUGAAAUAUAAAUACACAUAAAUUGAGAGCAGUGAAAAUUGCAAAGGUUAACAAAAAAGUCGUAAUAUUAAUUUAUUACAAAAGAAAAAAAAAUAAGAAAAAGUCGGGCAACUUCGCACGUGGUUACGCCAUUGUUAUAGGUGAGGAGUUUGGAAGGUAGUGGAGGGAAAAUUUAAUGUGUAUCUGUAAGUAACGAUAAACCAUUAUUGACAAAAAAACGAUUCUGAGCUGUAUUAAGACUCCGUAAAAUUCUGUGCAAAGGGUAAUUGAACCCAUAAAAGGUACGAUGGUAUGAGAAAUGAAAAAGGAAAUAGUUUCUGGUAUAGUGGGUGGGAACACGGAAUGAGAUAGAAGAGAGGAGAUCGGGAGAAUCAAUAAGUCCUCUAAGAAAUAAAGAUAUAAAAUGAAGGUCAGCUCCAGCGCGACGAGAGGCUAAAGUAGGAAUUUGAAACGUGACCAUCGAUAGUCUGAGAGUGAUUGGCGCUUACACUUUGUUCGCAAUUUAGAGAAGAUUAAAUAAUCAGAGACUCUAUUUGUCUGCUUAAAUACUUUAUGAGCGCACUUUUUCUUAUUAACUAGUACUUUAAAGGAAGGAGUAACCCAACGUGGGAGUUUAGAAGUUUUAAAUAUUUUCCUUGGGACAAAUUGUUUAAUAAAAUUAAAAAUUGCAUCGUUGAAAACUGUGGCAGCGUCAUUAAUGGGGUAGUUACAAAAUGUAACAUCCUAGUUGAAUGAGCUGAAGAAGUGAGAAAUAGGUUCAUAAUCCCCAGCUUUAAAGUCUUAAUAUGAAUGAGUAACCUCGAUCCUCGGCUCGUUUGGAUAAUAGAAUUUGAUAAGAAAUGGGGGAUGGUAGGGGUCAGGAUUAAUAAAGGUAAAGGUGCUUUGAGAAUAGAGUGAAUGUUGAAGUUAGAGAAGACUAGAUUAAGAAUGUUUCCAGAGCAGUUGAAGAUAUGGUUAAGCUAGAAGUUUAAGAAAGAGAAAAAAUCUAUGACGAGAAAAGAUAAAGGGGACAAGACUCCAGAGGUUAAGAGACCGAACUUAUCGGAUGACCAAGAUACACCUAGUAAGUUAAAAUCACCAAGAAUAAUAAUCGAGAUGGGUUUGAGAGAUGUCAGGAGAUUUUCGACUGUGGUAAGGUGGGAUUCGUCUAUAGAAAUCGGACAAGAAAGGGGUAAAUAAAUGACACCAAUCAAUUAAUUAAUAAAGUCGAUUCCAUAUUGAUCUUAUGUACCUUAUGUUGUCUAGUGUUUAACACAUGAGACAGCAAUUUAGAUUGGAAACAUUAAAUGUUCUCUCGUGAAACAGAUUACAGCAAUCUAUAGAAUCCAGCUAUUUCGGGAAAUUCAAUUCGGUAGACACUCUAUCCCAAGUCGAUAGGCGACCAUAGUUAGUAGGGACGUUUAGGUAUCAUAUUAUAUGAUGUAUCAAUAUCAAUAUCAUAAAUCAAUUUAUAUAUUGGAUUUCAUAUUGAAGAUUAAAACUGUAUUACGUGUGUAUUACUGUGAUAUCCAAUUGUUAAUAAAGGAUAGUAUAGUAGAAAUAAUAAAAGAUAAUAAGAUGGAAACAUCGUCAAUUACACUUUGCCAAAAUUAUAGCAGGACUUCAGCAAAACCUAUCUAUAUAAAAAUGGAUCGUAAUUUGUUUGUGUUUAAAUAGGAACAUGUCUACUUUUUUUGAAAAUACUUUCACUCGCGUGUCGACGGAAAAAGGAAAAUAUCAGAGCUCUUUGAAAAUUGGAAAAUCCUCGAAUAUCCUACCCGCACGCGAUAAUAAUAACAAUCAUUAUUAUUGUAUGUGAUAAUGUCCUGUGUAUUACGUGUUUUACAGGGUAUAAUACAAAUAAUUAAAUAAACAUCGCGCAUGUAUAAUAUUGAAGAAACUAUAAUAAUAAAAUAAUAAAAGGUCCGACAAAGUCGUAAGUUUCUACGGUUAAAUUUAUUAAUUAUAUGAACAAAUACGAUUCAUCUUCGAUGUUUAUAAAUUUAUUUCAGUCUAUUUUACUAUUUCUCUCUCUCUCUCUCUCUCACUCUCUCUCUCUCUCUCCAUUCAACCGCUGUGGCAUUAUAAUUAUGACACUGUUAUAGUUUCGUCAAUUAUGUUCAUGACUGUUUAUUUAUAUUAUUAUUAUAAACAUAAUCUACAUUUUUGUUUAGAUUCUGAGCGCAGCUAGUUAUCUAUAAACAGCAUUCAACCAGAAAUAUUACUCCGAUAUUCAAGUGAAGCAUUUAAAAACAUAUAUAUAUCUACAGUUUGCCCCAAAAGAGAAUGAGCCGUUUCUGUACAUAUUGAGCUCCGGCCAAUUCAAGAGUUCAUCGGACAGUCGUUUCUUCUUCUUACACAUGGCUAGAUGCAAUGACAUUGCGUCGUGUGAAUGCAUGGCGCUUACUGGUUUUAUACAGCCUAUAGGUGGUCCAUUGAGUAGAUUAUUUUUUUAUUUUCCUUGUUGGUUUCUUAAAAUUUAAAAAGUUCGAGGGAAAAAGUAGAAAAAACUAGGUAAAUAUAUAUGGCACUAACAUUUUUUAUUAUUUUUGAUUUUGAUAUUUUUUUUGGUAAUUCGGUUAAAAUAAUUUUCACGGAAUAUUUAUUUUAACCAUUUUUUGAACAAAGCUUCCAUUCAAAAAAAAAAUGAGUAACUUUUUAAGAUCUUACUCAUUUUUUUUUAAGAUUUUUUUUUUUUUAACUUUUUAAGAUCUUUGCGUUAUGCGUAUUCGCAUUGAAAACUUUUACGUUUAACUUUAUUUUUAAAUAAAGUUGAAGCAUUAUAUUAAAUUUGCGAUUUUCGUUUUGCGUUAUUUGAUUUAUAAUUUCUAUAUACAAAUAACCCUAUAUAUAGUGUAUACAUAGGGUUAUUUGAUUUUUUCGAUCAAUCGAAAAUUUUUUCCUAUAUCAAAAUAAAUAAUCAUGGGUAACUCUCAUUAUCAGUAGAUAUACUGCAUAGGUAAUCUGAAAUCAUAAAUAUAAAAUACUAGAUAGUUAUAACGUCUUGUUAUACACCGAGAUAUUGAACAUUGAUACCAGUCACCAUAUGUAAUAGUCUUUGUUUACAUUUUUCAUCACGUUUGUUAUCAUUCGUUUUCAUUUCAUCUUACAUGUUUUAUUUGUGAUCGCAUUAAACACUGAAGUUUAUCACGGAGGUUAGUUAAACAUAAUAUAGCAGCCUUUUUUUAUAAGCAUUCUAUAUUCAUAUUUAUUUAUUCUAAAACUGAUCACUCCGUACAUCUUUCUUCUCAGUCUUUUUAUCGGAAAACACUUUUUAAGUUAAGUUUGAAUGGUCCAAAUUAUUUAUAUUGUACACUUUAAAGAUGUGGAUUUUUCUUGCGAUGUGAUUCCCAAAAGUUUUAAUAAACAAUAAAAAAAAAAAACUAAUAGCAAAUGACGAUGUACACUGUACAACGAGGGAGCUAUUGGUUUUACUAAGAUGUAUUUUUUUUUCUUUCUUUGUUUUAGUGUCUGGACAUGUUUUUUCCUAGUAAACUUGCUCCGAUGUUUACGUGUAGCAAGUUUUCUUAAAGCUCAAGUUGUCUAGAUUGCACUUUAAAUAAGUCAUUGUUUGAUUUUCGAAGUCAUUUUUUAAAUAAAAGCACAUAAGUGGGAAAAAACGGAGGAAAACGUACAAUUUCGUGAUUUCAUUAUUUUAUAAAAACACGGACGACAUUUUCUACCAGAAAAAAUGAUUUAAUCGAAAAAUCAGAAGAUUUCUUUUUUGUUUUUAUUUUUUUUUAUUUACUUUUUUACGGUACCAUUGUCAAAACUUUUUAGCCAUUUUUGAGCUUUUAAAGAAUUUUAUUUUUGAGAAUUAUUUUGCUUUAAUUCGGUAAUAAAUACAUAUAGAGACUUGAAACUUGGUAAUAAUACUAAUAUUUGACUUACAUAGACGUGGUACAAUUUCCAAAAUCAGCGUUUUGAAAUCAAAUUACACGAAAAUCGCAAAAAAAUUACGACAAUUCAAAUUAUAUAUUACCGGACUGCUCUCGAAAUCGUCUUUCAUCAAGCAAUGGUUUAUCGUCACUUACAGAUGUAAAUGAAAUAACCAUAUGUAUUUUACCCUCCCAACUUCUCACCUACAACAGUAGCCACUCCCAUCCCUAGUAUCAGCUCAUUUUUAUUUUUCAUAAAUAUGUUUCAUUUACUCAUAUUUCCAUAUUUCCCGUAAUUUCUCUUCACAAACUAAACUUUUGAGUUUUGAUAUUGUACAAUUAAUUAAACACAAUCGUUGAGUAUUAACUAUUAUACAUUAUUAUCUACUUGAUAAAGCAAAUUUUUUUUCAAUAUUAAUUAUAAUGUCAUUAUUAGUUGAACGAAUUAUACAACCGUAUAACAAAAAUAUACAGUAUGCGCCCAAAUCAGAGGCGCUGUUCGAUGAAAAAUCAAUUCGAUAAGGACGAGUAAAUCGAGCCACUCGUAUAUUUCGACUAAUCCGAUUUUGCAACUCUGUAAAUGUAAGUGAUAGAGCGACCAAAAUUAACAUAAAAGUACUGAAAGUGUUUCUACGAUUAAUAAUAUUGGAUAAUAUGUAAAAAAAAAAAACUAAAAAUCUAAUUUGACAUCUGCAACAAAUUAAAAAUUUGUUUUUCUUUCCUUAAAAUUUACUUUAUCGUGGUUAUAUUUUGCUGACAAUAUUAUUUUGAACUGUGUUCCGCUGCAGACACCAUGCAGGUGAUUAUAUAACCAGCGAAUUUUUCGAAUGAUUUUUAAGGAAUGGAAUUAUGUAUAAUAGAGAAAAUAGAGAAAGGUAAUAUAUUUCAUAUCCAUUUUUUGACAACCUUUCCCUAUUCCUUCGGUCUAAACUUUAAAUAUUUAUAAUAUUCGUCGAUUAUAAAUCCAAUACUAGCGUGCCAGCGUGGUAAGAUAAUGUACAUCAAAAUUUAAGAUUUUGUUAAGAUCUCUUUCGGAAUAAGGCUGAUUGAAAAAGAGGUUUCUAUUUAGAAAGCAAAAAUGAAUGUUUCUAUAAUCUACGGUAUGCGGAAUAAUUAGGAUAGCAUGUUCAAAACAAUUAUGUAAAUUAAUCAUUAAACGAUUCUAUAAUACCUGAAAAACCCAUAAUAUAUUUUAUUCAAAAUGUUCAUAGGAUCAUUAUAAAACAAACAAAAUUCACCUUGUAUACGCUAAUAUUAGGUGAUUUUAUGCCAAAGUGCAUGAAAAUUGACUGGUAGAAAAAAACGAAUCAAAAUAUUAUCUGAUCGAAAAAUCUAAUUUUUGAAUUUUCAAAAAUAAAAUACAAAUAUACUAUCGAAAAUUAAUAAUGCGAGUGAUUUUUCACCGAUAUCGAAAUAAAGUAUAAAAUUAAAUAUAUGAGGAAAAUUAUUUUUUUUUUUUAACCUUUUUCCUUGUAAACAUUCUAUAUAUUGUAGGACACAGCGAGUAUAGGUAUUUAUUAUAUUUUGAUUUUCAACCAUGUGUUUUUCUACACAGUUCGACUAAUUUUUAUCGAUCAUAUACUCUAAGAUAUACUCUUACCUACCAAUCACACAAUUAGCCUUUUCAAUCGAAUGACCGCUCUCCUAAUUACAAUAAUUGUGAUUAUUGUAAUUACAAUAAUCUAUACGCACGUAAUAAUAAUGAUUGCCACGCUUGUAUAUUUCACAGGUGUAUACUUAGCGGCCGGGGCGAACGCCAACUGCGGCGGUCCCAUGCCGUCACCCCUGUCGUCCGGUGGCCGGGGCCAUCCGUUGCGCAGCGAGAGUAGGUCGUACGCGUCCUACGACCUGGACCCCGUGAUGGAGGAACGGAGUGAUAUGGAGAGUAGCUGCACCGGUGGCAUCAGCGGCGCCGUUCCGACGGGCGGCGGUGGCGUCUGCGGCGUAAUCAUCGCGGACGAUGACGACGUUGCGGUCGGCGGUGGUGGAGCGGUCGAGGCGCUCGUGUGCCCGGACAGUUAGCAACACGUGUUGGCCAUCGCCAGAAUUUCGGUGGCCGUACAGACGGAUAAGCCGCCCCCGAGACCGGCCAGGUCACCGCUAUGGAACACGCUGACGAACAACCCGCCGGACGAAGCGAUUAGCUGACAUCCGGCCGGACCCGACCAUCUGCCCAAGGCCAUAGCCAUCAUCGAACCCUGAUGAUGAGCCCCGGGGCACGUGUGGUGCGCUCUGGCGAGGUGGUCGGCCGGCGCGUUAUGGCAACUCGUUUCUCGAUCAUAAUAUAAUAUUUUGACGAGCC